UCGAGAGGAGGCCGGCGGGCGGUUCGCGAGGGGGCCGCGCGCGCGCUGCGCUCUGGGAAACGUAGUUCGAGCGCGCGGGUUUCGCUCGAGGCGGCCCCUCCGCCGCCUCCGCCUCCUUAACGCCCGUCGAGGAAGAAGCGUAGCCUCAGGAGGACCGGGCCACGUGACCCGGGGGAGGGGAGGAGGAGGAGGGGCGGGGAAGAGAUAAGAGAAGGCGAGCCGACGGCGGAAGAGCAUCUCUUUUUUCCCGGCGGAGGGGCGACUAAGUAACGGUAUGUAUCCGUCCGCCGCCUUCCUUUCACCAAGAUGGCGGCGGGGACGGCCGUUGGAACGGGGAUGUGAGGGGGGACCCCGUCAUGUAAGCACCCUCCCGCUCCGUUUAUGGAACGAGGACGCCGACGGGAGCUGCCGGCCGAGAAGGACGGAAGGCAGCGAGGUUCGGCUGCGCCCUUUACCCCCUCAAAACGAGGAGCCCCCUGAGGUGGGAGAUAACGGGAGGCAAAACAAAAAGCGCGCGCGCGCGUUAUGAUGGGGAGGGGUGCCUCUGUGGGCCCGCCUGAGGGAGCGCGCGCCUCAGGAACCGCGCGCGCUGGUGCGGAGGGGGGCGUGUCCACCCGCUCCACCUCCAGAGCCCCGCGCGGCGCCCUUGGUAGGCUCCGCCCCCUGCGCCUCCUUGGGAGGGGGAGCCUUGUCUCCAAGGAGACGGAGUGUUCUCUUUCCUAAUUGGCCCGAAGCCAGGCUGCUUGGGUCGUUCGGGUCCCGCCCCCCCGCUUUGCUCCUCCUCCUCCUCCAUCCUCUCUCCGCCGCGAUCGGGACUUUGCCGCCGAUCUCAAGGCAGGAGCGGGGAUUUCUGAGCCCCUGGCUCCGCCCCUCCAACCGUCUUUCUGACCCCGCCCCCGAGAAGCGGCAGGUAAGGAGGAAUCGGCAGUCGCGCUGGGGCGGCCGUGGUUGGAAGAAGAGCUCGGGGCUCGGUUCCCUGCCUGACCGGGCCUGCACAGCGCCGGCCGCGGGUAAUGGAUCGGCUAAGAUCGUUUCCUUACGAUUGCUGCCUUUUAGGGAACUGGGUUUGGGUCCGCCGCUGUAAUGGGGGGGGGGGGGAAUCCAUCCCAGGUUGUUUCCCAGUCUCGGUAAUAAUAAGGGAAAGGGGCUGGGCCUUAUGAUUAACUCCGAGGGUCGUGAGCUGCGGUUGACCUGGCCAAAGAAUUGUGCCGGGGUCUGCGUUCGAAACUCCCAUUGUUCCAGGCAGAGUUUUGCGACCGGGGAUGUCAUUCACAGUCUGAGCUCUGGGCCUAAGAUUUCAGAUUAAAACAGCAGAGUGGAAGGAAAAGAGGACCUUUUCCUGCCUCCCCACUUCCAGCUACUCUCUGAAGACUGGAGAAUAGACCCUCUUAAGAAUAUUACUAGGGAGGGCAGGGGAAGGACCAGACCAUGUGGGAAAUGAACAUAAUAUUUUAGCAGCACUUCAUUCAUUUUCAGCUUUGUAUUCUUGUUAUUAAAAAAAAAGUAGUGCCCAGACAUUCCGUUGUUGCUACCAUAACCUAGGUUUAAGAUACCAUUUAGCUCCCAAUUUUCAUAUCUGAGUUUCUGAAACUGGUUAGGGUAGGUGCUUCCUGUUAACCAUGGCAUCUUAAAGCUCUCCUCUGUGCUGCUGCUUGCAUUGGUGGUUCUGCUAAAAUUGCCAGAACUGAAAUUUAGGAAGCAAUAUGCCAUUAUAUAUGCUUAAGUGCAAGCUUCUUAUAGCAAGAGGCUUGUUUGGGUGGCUGUAGUCCAGCUUCAGUGCUUCCCAAUGGUAGCCAACAUUUAAUUAUUUAUUACUAUAACCUGGAGAGUUUAUUUAGUUAGAGCAUGGUGCUAAUAAUGCCAACGUUGCAGGUUCAAUCCCUGAAUGGGACAGGUGCAUAUUCCUGCAUUGCAGGGGGUUGGGCUUGAUGAUCCUCAGGGGUCCCUUACAACUCUGCAAUUCAAUUAUUAUUUAUUAAAUUGUAUGCUACCCUUCAUCCAAAGAUCACAGGUUGGUUCACAUGAGUACAAGUUAUGCAGCAGUGCCUGGUCUGUGUAGACUUUUCUAUCAGAAGUGCAAACCAGUACUUCAAGUUUAAAGCUGCAUACCUUUUGUUACCUUUCCUACUUUAUACAUAGAACAAGCCAGUUACAAGAUUGCAACUUGGCUGCUGCCUUCUUUGUCCUGAGGUUGUUUACAGAGUUUGCUAGGCAACCACCUUGCCAUCUUAGGAUGAAGGGCGGUAUACACAUUUAAAUAAUAAUAAUAAUAAUAACCCUCUGUAUGUCGUCACAGUAACGUACAACAGAUCUUGUUGCUUGAAUCUGCUCUACAAUUAUGGAAAAUACUGUAACAGUAAAAAUUAAAAAAUCUUAGCAAGAUCUAAGAAGUUCUUGUUUCAAAAUUAAUGAAAACAGUUUUAAAUGCAUGUGCGUCUUUGAAUUGUUUUUCUUUUGAGAGCUGAGGGUGGCUGUAAAUUGGGCUGAUAUAAAGUGAAUGCAAAAUAUCUAGCAAGUCAGGCCAACUGGGAAAGGCUAUUAGUUGCUUUAGAGUAUAGAACAGUGUUUUUUUGCCAGUUGCAAAUGAUACUUGUGUUAUUGAUCAGGCAAGAACAACAGUGCCUCACUGUCUUUUCAUUCCUGUGAUAACCAUAGGACAUAUCAUAUGUGGAAGAUAAUUUCUAAUGUAAGGGGGCAGACGGAUUCAAAAGGGAGCAAGAAUUUGGGGUCAUUGACAGCCUGAUCCUUGAGUUCAGUUGUGUUCAUUUCCUAGUAAGUUUGAGGGGUGCAGUGCUGUCCUGUAUUUAGCCUCGUUUGGAAGGAGAUCACUGUAUUUUGCAAUAUUUGCAUCUAUUUACAAAAAUGCAGGUUGAACAAAGAUACAUCAGGAGCACUCAACCUGAAGUCCACUUCUCUCACAUUAGAUCUCUAGGAGACAGCAGGCACCCCAGAGGCUGUUAGUUUACAGAGUUUAGAGCUCAGCUCUCUUUUCUUCUCAGCCUGACUCAAAUGGCAACCUAUCAUUCUCCUUUACAGACAUCUUGCCCCAUCGCCCAGGCUAGGGACUUGAUAGAGAUGGCUUUCAAGCUUCCAGAACAGUCUGUUGUGGGCCAUUUACCUGUUAGUUCCCUAGCAAAGGAGAUACUUGGCAACAUUGCGAGGACUGUUAACAAUGGGGAGAAAUGGGGGGGUGUUGGGUGCGGCCCACCCCAGGUGUCAUCCCUGAGGGGGGUGACAUUACUGUGCCACCGCCCUGGGAUGCUCGCCGUGGGCAGCACCCCCCUGGGACGCUCCCUGAGCACCUACCUCCACCUCCGACUGUUAAGGCAGUCUCCUGGAUCCAUUAAUCCUCUCCUGUCCAACCCCAAAUCUCUUGAAAGUAUGCAUAUGAUUUCAGCCAAAGGUUAUCAGGAUAGCUUUUCUCUGCUGACAUUUUGGUUAUGCACCUUUGUGUGUGUGACAUUGGUGGACAAAAGAGUUCUUGAGGCUGACCUUAGAAGUUGCCAACUGCUUACAGGACUCUUACUUUGCAUAAUUUGAUCUUACAUUGCUGUCCAUAUUUGAUGACUGCAGUUUGGGGUAUUGAAUUGUGCUGUAUCUGUGUUACAUUUCAAAUAUGGAUGGAAAUCUUACAGGAAAAUUCACCAUACUUGUUUUGGCUUUGUGAUAUCUGUUGUUGAACGAACACUUUGGACAUGGGGUUUUUUUGUACCCAUUUAAAAUAUUUUAAAUAGUAUGCUCUACAGCACCUUAAACUUUCCAGCUUUCCCUGCUGGAUCCUGGCAUUGCACUGUUACGUGCAUUAAGCUUUAAUUUUAAUAGGGUUUUAAGGCUGCAUUCUUAUGUAUGCUUACAUGGGAGUAAGUCCCAUUGAACCCAGCAGGAAUUACUUUUGAGUAAACAUGUUUAGGAUUGUACUGCAAGUGUUUUAGGAUCAGGGCUCUGGGAUUUAGUCAGUUUUCCUCUGUCAAAACAAACUGGAAGAUGGAAAUUCAGAGUGCAUUCUGUGAGUUUGGUAACGAUUGAAAGUACUGUAAAUUUGUUAUAUGGCCCUUUAUUAAUUUCCACUUAGCAUAGCUUUUGCUUGACUGUUUAGUGAGGAAUCACAGACUUGUACAGGAUAUUAGUGCCAGCCUAUGUGCAAUCUCUUAGUCUUUCUGGAAAUUAAGAGCAUGUCAGGGCAACAAAGCUUUUAUAAGAGGAUUCAUCUGGAAAUAGCCACUUGGAAGGUGAACAAGAAUGGGCUAGCUGGAAAAGCAAGUAAAAAACAUCUUUGCAAUAAUUUUCACCAUCAAAAACAUUGGAUACCAUAGUCCCCUCACGCUGAAAAUGUAAGUUUUCUAAACCUCAUUUUUCCACCAAAAAUCUACAUUUAUACAUUUUUUUAGGCAUUUAUAAAAUCAUUUUAGUGCUGGUGUGUUUUUUCCUGAAAUCCUCAUCAUGUUACUGAACUCUGUGUAAAAUUUCAAAGAGAUCUGAUCAUUGGUUAUGGAGAAAAAAUAUAAAAUGCACACAAGGUCGAGGAUCUCAAGAGGAACAGAAACACAGAUUUCACAAAACUUUGAAGUGCUAUAAAAUUUAAACCGUUUGAGAUAGAGGGGAAAAAUUUAAGGGGGUUUCUUUCAACCAUAAGGGAAGGUUGUACACCAGGUUUCAUCAAAAUCCGAGGCGGUGGGUGGCAUGACCGCGUUGAACUGACGUGGAAUGACCCUAUAUUCACUUACUUUGGGAGUAAGUGCCAUUAAAGAUGGUGGAUUGGAAUUUAUUUCUAUAUAAAUCUGCAUUUGUUAAAAAUGCUGCAUCCACUGAAUCAACUCAUUCUUGUAUGUGAAAUAAGCUUAGUAUGGAAACAAACAAAUACUGUAUCAAGUUUAGUGUGCAGAACCAAACAUUAGAGACCAGGUCUGGUUCAGAAAUAAUGAACCAUGUGAAGGCGACAUGAACUAGCCUGUGUGAUCCCAGGACAUGUGCACACUCAAUCACAAAGGAAGAGACAAUUGUUUCCUGUUAUAUCUGACUUACCCAGUGUCCAGCAUUUAGUACAGACUGGAAAUGUGGCCCUUUUAAAGUGGAUUUGUCUUAUAAUGGUAUCUGUUUUUUUAGUGGUGAAUAACAUAACAUGGCAGCAGGAGGCAGCCCUUUUGAAGAAGGAAUGGAUGAUCGUGACUUACCUGGCUGGAGCAAUGAGAGCCUUGAUGAUCGAUUAAACAACACGGUAUAGCACUAAUUUCUGUUAAUACUUAUUAUUAAUUUGUAUACCACCCUUCAUCUGUAUAUCUCAUCAUGGUUCACAAGAGAAAAAUACGAAAUAAAAACAAGAACAAAAAAUGAAUAUUAAGCUCUUCUAGAUACAGGCAAUGACUGAUUUAUGCACAUCCGAAUGGUGCGCUAUAGCGGAUGGCGCUGGACCUGGAAGUGGGCCCAAUACGUUAUAAAGACAUCACAGAAAGGGGCAGAACAGAGAAGGGGCAGAGUGGACUUUUGUGUGCUUUGCCGACGCAUGCGGGGAUUCGGAACAUAACCCCUGCGCAAAACAAGGAUUGCCUGUAUUGACAAGUGGGUUCCACAGGCAGUUUUAAGGAUAUAUGAUGCUUCUACCAAAACUAUAUAAAUAUUAAAGUGUAUGUUUGAAAUCAGUUUCACAGUGUUGUUGAAAAAUGCUAGCAGAUUGCAGCAUGCUGAACACUUGCUUUAAAAUGGAAGUAAGUUUAAAAAAAUAAAUAGGCAAUUUGUGUGGUAUUGGGAAGAAUCAUGAAUUUUAAGUAAUCGUUUUUCUUUAACGAUGAUGUACGUGGUUUUGUUUCUUUGUUUGAUUUUUAAGGGCUGGGGUGGUCAGCCAAAGAGACCCAACAGAUCUUCAGAAAAAAACAGGAAAAAGGUUACCGGUGAAAGUGAAACAAGACUUACUAAUGACAUCUCACCAGAAUCAACACCAGGAAUUGGACGGAAAAAGUCCAAGACACCUCAUACUUUCCCUCAUACAAGAUACAUUACCCAAAUGUCUGUUCCAGAGCAGGCAGAACUUGAAAAACUUAAACAAAGAAUAAACUUCAGUGAUUUAGAUCAGGUAUGUACUUUGUUUUUACUAAAGUGAUCUGGGUGGCCUCCCUGGUUUCCAAGUUAGGAAACUCAGGUGUCUAGCCACUGUCUCACUUGUGUAGAGAGGCAGGAAGGAGGUGCAGAAGCUAGCAUGAGCCCAAGCGCCCUGCUGUGCGCUUUGCCGCUAAAUUUUAAUCCUGUCUGACAAGAGCAGAGAAAAGGUCAGCUGCAAAGUCCACUGUCAGGCACUUGGGCAGCUGUUAGCUUCUGAGCAAGCGUGACAGCAUUGCUUGCCUCUCUCCAUAUUUUCCAGUUAUGGCUAUAGACACUAUCUUCAUAACUCUUAGACUUCAUGUGUAGGUAGGAAAUGAGCCAACUGGAUCCUCUGCUGCUCCUCUGUUCAAGUACCUUGUUGUGUUCUCUACUGCAGAUAGAGGAAACCUACAGUUAACAGCAUAAAAAUUGUUGAUCUAGUCUCACACUGACCAACCAGAUGCCAAUAGGAAGCUCACAAGCAGGACAUGGGAGCAAAAACUGUCUCCCACUUACGUUCUUCUGUAACUGGCAUUCAGAAGCAUAUUGCUUUUGAUACUGGAGGUGAAGUCAUCAGUAUGGUAGCCUUAGCCUUCAUGAAUUUAUCCAAUCCCCUUUUUAAAACCAAUCAAGAUGGCAGCCAUCACUACAGUUUGUAAUAACUAAUUAUGUGUUUAGUAACCAUGGGCUGCAUGAAUAAAUCUGUUCUGAGUCUCCCACCAUUCCGCCUCAUUGGAUGAUCUUGGGUUCGAGUAUUUUAUGUACACACACAAAUACACAAACACGGGGGGGGGGGUUCUCCCAAUUCUGGAUCUCACUGCAAGGUGUUACAUUGGCUGCAAGUCAGAAGAUAUGGGGCCUGGGUAGUGAUUGAACUCAACUCUGUCCCCACUCCUUUCAUAUUAGCAGGAAGGGAAUGAAGAAAAUAGGAAUAGGAGGAUGGGGACAAAGCUUAAGCUGGGAGAACUUGGAGGAUAUAUGACUAUUCUCUACAAUGUUGUUUUGCCAUAAUAAUGAAUUCUUUAAUCUCAACUCAAUGCAAUUCAAUUCAUUUCUCUGGGAGGAAAAAUGGUCAUUCAUUUUUUUUUAUCCAGAAGAACCCCACAGAAUUUCUUAACUGGAGCAGUGUUUGAAAGAAAGCUGUAAGUCAUUUUGUGGUCUUUCACUCUUAUGUAGAGAAGCAUUGGAAGUGAUUCUCAGGGCAGAGCAACAGCUGCUAACAACAAACGCCAGCUUAAUGAAAGCAGAAAGCCAUUCAACUUCCUGUCACUGCAGAUUAAUACUAACAAAGGCAAAGAUGCUGCAACAAGUUCUCAGACACAAGAAACUGGGGGAUCAUCGCAAUAUAAAGACUUAUUUACAGCUGCCUUGAGUAAGGAUUUGUUACAGAAUUGUCCUGUCUCUAUUGAAGAAGAUGGAAGAGGUGAACCAGCAGUGGACAGUAGUCAGGUGAUAUUAGUGGUUAAAUUCAUAUUGAAAAAGAUCUUUUAAUGAAAUAUUUAAUGAGUGCUCCUUAAAAUAGUAUUUUUUUCUUGAAGGUUUAUUAUGAACAUAAGGCAAAUGUACGCUGAGAAACUCGAGAGAGAGAGCUUGCACGCCAUGGAUGUAUUACACUUUUCUUUUUUUAAGAAUGUAUUCAGUUGAAACAUGGUUUUCAUCUAGAGGCCUGGACACUCAUUUAAGCAAGUCUUGCUAGUAAAAAAUGGAUGUUAAGCAAUUGGACUGGUUCAAUUUAUUUAUGUAGCAUUUUAAAUACCGUAAACAUUUUUAAAUUAAAAUGCAGGAUUGCCAUCUAUUUUAUCAGUUUAAAGCAUUAUUGUAUCGACUCUACUGUUUUUUUGACUUUCAGAUUGUGAGCAGACUAAUUCAAAUUCGUGACUAUAUUGCAAAAGCCAGUUCCAUGCGAGAUGAUCUAGUUGAGAAAAAUGAGAGAUCUGCUAACGUGGAACGCUUGUCACAUCUCAUAGAUCAUCUAAAAGAACAGGAGAAAUCAUACCUAAAAUUUUUGCAGAAGAUGCUUGUAAGUUGGAAAGCUUAAAUGCCUUUUUCAAAUGGUGUGAGAAAAUAGUACGGGGGAUGAAUCUAAAACGUAGCAUAUUUUCCCCUUAAUGUUCCAUUUACCCCAUUUAUGUAGUUUUUUGUUUAUGCCACUAAAAUAUUCCAGGCUAGAGAAAAUGAGGAGGAGGAUGGUCGGACUAUAGAUUCAGCUGUGGGAUCUGGUUCUGUAGCUGAGAGCACAUCGCUAAACAUAGAUGUGCAGUCUGAAGUUUCAGAUACAACGGUAAGCUUCUUUUUAGUAAUUAAGUUGCUAGAGAUGAAGAUGCAUUUCUCUCUCCAGAUAACUUAUGUUCUGAAUCUAAUUUUAGUCCAGGAAAACUUUUUAUAAGCUACAAAUUCUGGAAGCAUUAAAAUAAAUGUAACAAUUUUAAGUCAUAAUGGCCUGGAUUCUAACUACAGUGAAACAGAAAACUGGGUUUUCCUCUUUCCCUGCUUCCUACUGUAGCCAGCUUCCUAUCCCCAACUUCAAUAUCUCCUCCAUGUAGUCCCCCUUUCCCCAACAUGAAUAGCAACGCAAAACUUAAUGUUUUGGGAUUCUAUUCACCCUUUAUUCAGUAUGUAUGGCCUGUAGACAAAGGCUUUCCACCAGGAAUUAAGCACAAGGCAGGUUUGAAGUUGAAGCCAUGUUACUGCACAUUCCUCAUUGCCUAAACUAUAUUUAGGAUUCUCAUCAGAAUGAUGUGUUAAAACCUGUUUGCAAUCUCAUUCCUUGCUUAUUUGUACCUCAUUGUUACUAAAAGAAUGACCUCAAAGUAUGUAUAAGCUUUUACAGUGCAGUCCUGGUGAGGUGCUUCGGACAAUAGCCAUAGCUUCUUAGUUGGCAGUUUAUCCUCAUAGCAACUUGUAUACCUGCAGUCAUAAUAUUUUUGUCACAGUCAAAAGAAAUUACAUGUGCCACCAUGCAAUUUAUUCAUGUUUGCAAAUCAUUUGAUAUUGGAGUUUCCCUACCUGCCGCAUGACACUUUGGAAGAAGUUGGGAGCCCUUCUGCCAAAUCCUCAAACAGCUUCUUUCAGCUUCUGAGAGUUUAAAAAGCAGUUAAGAAGAAGUUUGGUGGAAGGAGCCAUAUACAAGGAGAUUCAGAGAUCUGCUCAUGAUGCAUGUGUCCUCUGAAACGUAACAUUUGACAUCUUUAACAUUUUGUAAAAAGAAAUCUGUUGAACCGUGCCCAUGCUUAAUAUAUUUUAAGUCACUGGUCUUCAGUGGGUUUGGGGGCUUAGUUGGUGGUUUUGGGACCCUUUAGUGGGUUGUGCUCUGAUCCAAGGUGGGUCCGAACAGGAGCACUACCACCAUGCAAAUAUCUUGUAAAAGAUUAAGAAAUGGUUCCCCAGAUGCUUGUUUGGGUUAAAAGCGGAUCCUGGGUAAUAUGGUAUGUUGACAAAUUACAACUGGAGUAGACCAGCGGUAUUAUAAACUUAAACUAUGCUUAGCAGAAAUAUAUGUUCACAGUCUAACUUACUAAACUAUUUGAUAAAGGAGGUAUCUUUUAGUCUGAGAGCUCGGCCCUGCAUUGAGGACAAACUAGGGAAUUCAGCUUCUCAAGGACAGGUUUCAGACAUGGCCGUUACAGCAAGUCCAAAUGUGAAAAAUGACAGAGCUGCUCUGAAUGGCAGGGAAAUCUGGUCUAGUAGGAUUAAUAGCCAAGAACCUGGAUUACUCUCAAAGGUACACUACCAAAUAUUGCCUUGGACGUCAAUAUAGGAGCUCAAUCUGCAUUCCUAGUUUUUCUUUAUAAUAAAUACUCUGUAACAGCAGUUUGAUGUGCAUUCAAUGAUUGCUUUUGUUCUUUUAAAUACUUGACUUUAUGCACUAUUUAUCUGUGAAGUUAUUCUUCUGUCUGCUUUGCUGCAUUUGCAUUUAUUUUUUUAAAGGCCUGUUCGAACCAAUAAGUUAAAGAAUAAUGUGGCAACAAUAUUUAUCUCGGCUCAGAUAUCUUCCUGUCUCUGUCACGCAUUGUUCUUGCUCCAUAAGAAAAUACAGUGGUGCCCCGCAAGACGAAUGCCUCGCAAGACGGAAAACCCGCUAGACGAAAGGGUUUUCCGUUUUUGAGUUGCUUCGCAGGACGAAUUUCCCUAUGGGCUUGCUUCGCAAGACGAAAAUGUCUUGCAAGUCUUGAGAUUUUUUCGCUUUUCGCCCCCUUUAUCUAAUCUGCUAAGCCUUUAAUAGCCUUUAAUAGCCUUUUAGCAGCUAAUCCGCUAAGCCUUUAAGCCUUUAAUAGCCGCUAAACCGCUAAUAGCGCUAAUCCGUUAAGCCGCUAAUAGGGUUGCUUCGCAAGACGAAAAAACCGCUAGACGAAGACUCUCGCGGAACGGAUUAAUUUCGUCUUGCGAGGCACCACUGUAGUGUUAAUGGGGCAUGUAUGCUGUUCUUAUAGUAAACAUUUUAUUAUCCCCCCCCCCCCAAAAAAAGGUUGCUUAUUUCUAAAAUGGUAACAGAAUGUGGACUCUGGACCAUUGGCAUGAUAAUAAGUUCUUACCCUUUAAUACUGGGGUUGUUUGGGUUUGCUUUUUUAACAUUUCCUUUUUUAUCUCUAUUUCUCUUCCCCAGUCCAAUUAUUUAUCUUAAAACAUUUAAAUGAGGAAUUAAAGAUGAGGAAAUUUAUUUUGUGCUUGCAUUUUUGGGAAGAUAUUUAAGCUGUGUGAUAAGAAUUUUGAUUUGGUCUUUGCUUCUCUUGGUGGCUUUCUUUUUCUCCUCAGUUUUCACUGUAAUACAGGAUUUUACAUAAUCAGUGUUGCACUGCAUACCAAUUUGAUUAGUUUUUAUUUCAGUGGAAGUUGUAUGUUUGACUAUCUCCCAUUGAAAUAAAUAGAAUGACAGUGCUCUUGUUGGAUAACUCUUAUUUGUCAUUGCAUGGAAGCUAUUAUGCAAGCCUUUUUUUAAAUAGAAAAGGCAGGAUCAUAUCCAAAUAUAUUAGUACUAUCCUAUUUACCUAUGGCAAUAAGGCCUGAUAAAAAGAGUGGUACUUCUUUGUAAGUAUAGGAUUUUGUUGUAAGGGUUCAGAGCUUUAAAUGGCAUACCAAAUUUCAGUAUGGUGUUAAAAGGAUUGAAUAUAACUCCAAUUAAUACAUUAUGGGGUGGGAGGAAGCAAAUAUAUCAGAAAACUGAAUUUUGCUUUCACUACAUUUUAAGAUAAUAAUGUGGAUUCUUUUUUUCUGAAAAGAAAACGCCAUACAUAUUUACAGGUUCAGGUUUGUUUUCUCCACACCAUCUAAAAAUUUAAGUUCCCUGCUAAUGGGCAGCUGAAUAUUGAUCCCAUUUAUUUUAUUUUUAUCCCUUUAUAUUUUUCAGGCUAGAGAUCCUCAGCAGGAGGCUACAGAAGAGCUUGCAAAUUUGAAGAAGCAACAUGAUUUAUUGAAGAGGAUGCUACAACAACAGGAACAACUGAAAGCUCUUCAAGGGAGACAAGCUGCUCUGCUUGCACUACAGCAUAAAGCAGAACAAGCCAUUGCUGUCAUGGAUGAUUCUGGUAUGCUGAGGUUUAGAUACCUGAACAAAAGACCUCUUUGCAAUUAGAUUAUUGAUUUGAUAUAAUAGAAUCAGAGUUGGAAGGAACCGUGAAGCUCAUCUAGUCCAACCCCCCUGCAAUGCAGGAAUAUGUAGCUGUCUCAUAUGGGGUUCAAACCUGCAACCUUGGCAUUAUCAGCACCACACUCUAACCAACUGAGCUAACUUGAAGGUCUCAGAUGUUGUACCUUUUAUUGCAUUCCCAGUAAUUAAAUUAUUCACUUUAAUGGUGGUGUUUCUUAAAUAAGAACCUAAGAAAUUACUCCAGAGCAUGUUAAAUGAAAUAGGUUGAGAAUGUGCAUUCUGGUUAAUACCCACAUAUUCAGAGUAGAUUCGUUGAAUUCAUAAGACAUAAAUUACUCUAUUUCACUGGGCCUGAAUUGUGACUGUUGGGUAUCACCCUCUGGGUUUUAGCCUACCUAUGAGCUGAAAACAGAACGCAUAAGAGUGCUUUACAUCAUAUGAAUAGCCUAAAUAAGUAACAGUGGUAGGAGAAUCUGAGAAACAUUUGGAAAGUGGCAGGUAGUUAGUGUGGGGCAUGCUGAAUUCUUUAUUAUGAUUCAUGUUUCUAGUAAUCAGUAGAAAAUGAAGUGGAGUUGCAGUCUCCCAGUGGAAAAAAACCCAGUAAUUUCCACAUCUUUAAAAGUCUUUCGGAUUCCACAGUUUGUUACAUGAAUGCCUUUUCUGUAUGCCCUAUUUCGUAUGAUUAAAAAGCCUCUGUUUAAUAAGUUCCAAAUUUACUUAAGCACUUCAAUAAAAAUUUCCAUUUUCUUCUCCCACCUGUAGUUGUAACAGAAACGACUGGUAGCAUUUCAGGAGUGAGUCUAACAUCAGAGCUGAAUGAAGAAUUAAAUGACUUAAUUCAGCGCUUUCACAACCAGCUUCAUGAUUCUCAGGUACCCUUUUUAUAUUGAGUAUGUACAUGAUUAUAUUGCUAAUCAAGUCAGUCUAAAAUGGCUUGCUUUCUGCUACGGAGAAUUCCAUUUCAGAAGUGAGCAUUAUAGUAUUGAUUGUUGCCAGUUGCUAUCAAUUCCUUUAUUAGCACUUUCCAUGGAAUUUUCAUUUUUAAAUUUAAGUUAAGUUUAUCCUGCCCUUUUGUCAAAAAGGCUGUCAGGGCAACAUAUAACAUCAAUAGAAACAAGACGGUCUGUUGGCUUAGAAAUCCAAAAUAUAUGACAGAAAAGGGGAAGCUGAAAAAAGCAAAACUGCAUAUAAGUUUUAAAGCUUUAACAGCUAGAAUGGAAGGUGGCUCUCAGCAAAACUGUUCUGUCAGCAAAGUAACUCUGCAUCACAUAUUUUCCUCUCCUACAGCCUGAUGAAUAGUGCUAAUGUGUUUGCAUUGCUGAAGUGUUUUUUUCUUGAAAUGUCUUCUGUUGAAAGUAAUGUGGAUUGAAUUUUUUUUCAUAGAACCAUAGAAUUGGAAGGGGUCUCGAGGGUUGUCUAAUCCAACUGCUUGCAAUGCAGAAAUUUAGUCAUCUUUAAGAAAAACAAAACAAAAAGAAAACACUUCAACAAAUUUACUUCCAUUAAAAAAUUUUCUCUUGAUUUGUUUGACUGCUUUGAAAGGAAAAAGGUGGGUGGACUGAUGCAAACUGUGACAACUGUUUGGAAUUUUGUUACAUGAAAUGCUGUCAUUGAAAACAGCCAUUUUAAAAAAAAAAAUUACAGCACAAUUCCAAACAUGUCUGAAGGAAGUCCCAUUCCGUUGAAUCCAGCAUUCCCUUCAACAGAACUCUGCACAUCAGAUGUUUCCACAAGUGGAAGGGGAAGGAGACAUUUUUUGCCAAUUCACCCUUCUCCCUGCAGCCCUGAAAAGCUGCUGUGGUAGGUUUGGGGAACCCUUGAAACAGUGUGGAAGGUAAUUUGAGGGGCUGCUAGAGAACAGGGAAAUUGCUUGUGUUGUCCAGCUCUCUUUCCAAUUGCAGGAACCUCUGCUGGAUCUCAAUCCCUUCUGUGAAUAGAAGGCUUACUCUCCCAAAGGUGGUAAUAGGAUUGUAGUGUUAAGUGUUCUGAAAUUAACUUAAAUAAAAUAUGUCUACUUUUAGGUUCAACCUGUUCCAGAUAAUAGAAGGCAAGCAGAGAGUCUUUCUCUAACCAGGGAGGUUUCCCAGAGCAGGAUUUCUUCUGUGUCUGAGCAUUUGUCUGAAGAAAAGGCCCAACUCUUCAGUAAGAUGAUAGCAUUGCAGGGUAAAAAGCAAAAAAUGGACAAAUUGUUAGGAGAAUUGCACACACUUCGGGACCAGCAUCUAAACAAUUCAUCCCGUAAGUAGCAUGCAAUCUAGUGGUGUUAUUUACAGUAUUUUGUUUGUUACUUAUAUGAAUUGGUGGAAGUCUUUUCAGUUCCGUUCUCUUCCCCCCCCCCCCCCCAAACAAAUACAUGUUGUGUUUGGAUGUUGAACAUUCAAACCUCUGCUCAGCCUAAUUUUCCUAGGUUAGGUCUUCUUUAGACAUGGCUUUCCCUGUUAUGUCAUAAAGAAGUUGGUAAGGGAGAAACUGCUAGAAGUUCAUGUUUCAGUGUACACAUGAUUAAGGCUGCUAUCUCCUAAAAAGAUACAUUUGAUACAAUCUGGUCUCCCAUUUUCUCUUUUACUGAAGAAGAACAGGGUACAGUGGUACCUCGGGUUAAGUACUUAAUUCGUUCCGGAGGUCCAUACUUAACCUGAAACUGUUCUUAACCUGAAGCACCACUUUAGCUAUUGGGGCCUCCCGCUGCUGCCGUGCAGCCGGAGCACUGUUUCUGUUCUCGUCCUGAAGCAAAGUUCUUAACCUGAAGCACUAUUUCUGAGUUAGCGGAGUCUGUAACCGGAAUAGUAUGUAACCUGAAGCGUAUGUAACCCGAGGUACCACUGUAUUUUAAUGCCAUCAUCAUCAUCAUCAUCAUCAUCACAGAGGUGCCUUUGGAGGGGAUAUAUUCAUUGAAAAUCUUAGCUUUCUUUUCUUUUUAAAAAAAGGAACCUACCUGUUAAGUCUGACACAAGAGGUCCGUCUCUAAAUAUCCCUGCCCCUCUGUUGGCUUUCUUUAUAAUAAUUACUAUUAUUUAUAUGCCACCACCUGACCUAGUUGCCCGGAGAGCCAUGUUUUAGACAUUUUCCAAAAAAAUAAAUGCCCAGGAUUUUAACUGAUUUUAUAUCAACUGCUUUUUGUAUUUUUUACUGUUGCUAUAAAAAUUGCUUAUGUUUCUGAUGUUUUUGAUUUAUAUUUGUUUUAUGGUUCUCUUAUGUAUUUUAUUAGUAAUAAUAAUGUAAAAAAAGAAUAAGGCUGCUUGAUGCAUGCCACUAGUCUGAGCCUUUAGAUAGUUGGGGGGGGUAUCCAGAUUCCGCCUCUUUUCUCCAUUUCAAGACAAAAUUACAAAAGUCACUCAUACUCCGUUCCACACUCCAUGAGUUCCAGCCAUAGCUAAGAUGGGGAAACUGCCACCCGUGAUACCACUCAUAAUACCAAGGUGCCCAGUGAGAUCUGACAAGAAUAAGUGUAAUGAAUAGAUGCAAACCUUGACAUAAGGCUCCUGAUUGUCAGCAGAUACUUGUGACAGUAUCAACUGGCAGGAGUUCUGCCCUGGGCAUCUUGUCUGUGCAUUCAAGCUUGAAAGCCCACCAAAAAUAUUACUAUCAAAGCUCACAAGAUCAAGCAGAACCAAGUCUCCAACUGGUAGCUGCUCCCUCCAGAGGGAGCUAAAACCAUCCUAAUGUCUAGCACAGCACAGCUUAUCAAAUGAGAGUGGAACACAGUGGCAGGUGGGCUCUGUAACACUUCAUUCAAGCCCAGAGAAUGAAGCCUUGAUGCAACCAUUAUCUAAAAAAUGUUUCAGCUGUCCAGCAGCAGACCUAAUCAUUUCUUCACCCCUGUCAACCACAAACAAACGCACUUCUCCAUGGAGUGAGCGGAGGCACUAGAUCAGGGGUCAGCAAACUUUUUCAUCAGGGUGCCGGUUCACUGUCCCUCAGACCUUGUGGGGGGCUAGACUGUAUUUUGAACAAAAAAUAUGAACGAAUUCCUAUGCCGCACAAAUAACCCAGAGAUGCAUUUUAAAUAAAAGGACACAUUCUACUCAUGUAAAAACACACUGAUUCCCGGACCGUCCACGGGCUGGAUUGAGGAGGUGAUUGGGCCUUAGUUUGCCUACCCAUGCAAUAGAUGCUCUUCCAGCCCCUCAUCCAUGAAAUGUAAUUUAUACUUCCCCCUAACACCACUGAUAUGAUAGUCCAGGUGCAAGGGAACAGGUCUCAGUCACCUUAGUGGCACCCUACCAACCAUGCCACCUGUGGUUUUCCGUCUUCCUUCACUUAGCAACCAUGCCCGUCUGAUUCUCUGUGGUCAAGGCCAGCCAUAUUUUUUCAAGGCUCUAUCAGACACUCGGACCUAGUAUAGCUGCAUCUUGCAACUUGGAAGCUUACCAAUGAUCACGGCACAAGUUUGGGUACCCAGCCGAAUUGGUCAACGCCAUUCUGCCCAACAGGAGAUAGAAAAAUCUAUUGGAAUAUAGAGCUGGAGGAAGAAAGUGGACUACAGGGGGAAAAUAGGCAUUAAGGAGUUAUUGGGCUUCUGACUUACAUUACAUUCUGGCUAAUGUAAGCAGACUUACCGUAUUUUUUGCUCUAUAAGACUCACUUUUUCCCUCCUAAAAAGUAAGGGGAAAUGUGUGUGCGUCUUAUGGAGCGAAUGCAGGCUGCACAGCUAUCCCAGAAGCCAGAACACCAAGAGGGAUUGCUGCUUUCACUGCACAGCGAUCCCUCUUGCUGUUCUGGCUUCUGAGAUUCAGAAUAUUCUUUUUCUUGUUUCCUCCUCCAAAAACUAGGUGCGUCUUGUGGUCUGGUGCGUCUUAUAGAGCGAAAAAUACGGUACAUUAGAAUUCAUGUCCAGUACACUGCUAUGACAAGCCUCUGCACUGUCUGUGGUCCUUUCCUAGUCAGGCUUCAGACCCCAUGGGCUACAUCCCCAUCGUAAAAGAUUUUAUCAGUGAUUGGUCAAUCAUUUGAAUUUGGAUAUGGGUAAAAAUAGUUCUUAAGCAGAAAUGUCCUUUUUUUAAAACGUGUUACCUUAGAAGUGAAAUGGGAGGAAGCCAUCUGAAGUUUUUAUAAACACUUGUAUUCUUUUAUUUUUAAAUCUGCUUGAUUUAAUCUGAGUCAUAAUUUUAAUUUAUUAAUAUAGUGUAUUAAUAUACUAGGGCUGCAACAUUUAAUUAUGAUAGAAAUAGUCCUUCAGAGGUUUUUGCAUAAAACAAGAUGAAAUCUAGUGUCAUCUAAUUUGCAGUCUUGCCGGCUUCAGGGUCUCCUCAGAGAAGUGUUGAUCAAAGAAGUACAGCUUCAGUAGCUUCUGCACCUGUAGGAAUAGCAGCUGCUGUCAAUGAAGAAUCUAACAGCUUAGCAUCAUCUGCUGCCUAUCAUCCAGAUUCUGUCACCUCACAGAAUGACAGCGAAGAGGACGACAACUUAAAUCCAACAGAAAAGCUACAGUAAUAUAUUCUAAAUUUUUGGAUAAACAGUUUGUUUUAUUUGGUUUAUGAAGCAGUUACCCAUGGUAGAUAUUUGUGAGCAUAUUUACCAUAUAAGGAGGGGCUUUUAAGACACAAGUUCUUCCUAAUACUUGUUUUGAGAGAGACUGCUCUGCAAUAGAUAACAAUUUAGUUGGGUGUUCAAACCGAUUGCAGAUAAAAGCCAACUUUGGUGCUUGAUGUUACUUAGGUACUUGGGUACUGAACAUUCAAUUGUCUGUGUACAUUCUGGUUUAAUUUUUUGACGAAAUAAACUUAGCUUCUAUACCUUGUGGAUACACACAAUUCAAGCAAUAACUUGCCCAUGCAUUAUUAUCUGUAAUGUGCUCUUUUCAGGAUGGUCAAAAUCAUAUGUUAAACUAGGCUCUGAAAAGCAAAGUAUUGACAACAGUAUGAGAGAUGGUAGGGGAGUUACAAAUCAGGAAGUAUGGUUCAGAUCUCAGCUGUUCCAAGAUCUCAAUGGAUGGCCUUGAGUGUGCUGCUCUCUCAGCCACAGUACCCCAUCUACAGUUUAUAGAAAAUACUGACCUACCUUUUUAUAGUGUUGUCAGAAUUAAAACAAUAUAAUGUAUGUGAAGUGAUUUGAACACCUAAAUGAAUGCUGCUUGAUGGCCAGAUUUCAAAGUAACUACUCAGAUGUCUGGCAUGGUGUCGUUUAGCUACUCUUGUGUCAUAAAACUCCUAGUCUUGUCAACUAGCUAGCUUAUACCUAGUCAAAGUAAUCAGAAGUUCCCAUCUUCUCUCUUUCUCCCAUCUUCCUAAUUUAUAAUAUUAUUUUUGUGGCUAUACACAUGCACACACAAUUUUCCCAGUUCAUAUCAAGAGAAACCUCCUGCUUUGUCCAGAACUAGAUUUUCCGCAGGUAACUGCCAACUUCAGUCAUCCCAGGGUUGCACUUUCCUUGAUGUAAGAAAAUAAUAAAUAUGAAUCUCAAGUUCGCCCCAUACCACUGUUCAAAGCAAGCUGACAGUUGGACCUCUUUCCUUUGUAGGAAGUUGAAUGAAGUUCGAAAGAGACUAAAUGAAUUGCGUGAAUUAGUCCACUACUAUGAGCAGACAUCUGAUAUGAUGACAGAUGCUGUAAAUGAAAACACUAAAGAGGAAGAGGAAACGGAAGAUUCAGAGUGUGAUUCAGAACAUGAGAAUCCACAGCCAGUUACCAAUAUUAGGUAGGUUGGUUGCUGUGGCUGUUGCCUCCUGAAGUGCUGCUGCUAUAAUGAUAAGAAAGAAUCUUAAACAUAAGUUUGCUAUAAUUAUUGAUCUUGUCCGAAAUACAUAAAGUCUGACCUGGUAUUUAUGAGAAAUGGGGAAAGCAGCAGUGCAAACUUAAUUUUCUCCUGCUUUUUCUCCUGCAGUGAAAUGGAGGGUGUACACAUGUUAUUUUUCUUCUUUCUUCUCUCUUCUGGUUUUUUCCCCCUCUCCCUGCUCCCAUAACUCAAUUCUCCCAACUUUUGUAUGCUUGGGAUUUGGGAAACUGAGCUUGUUAAGGUGAUGCACUUUUUCCAUUAGAUAAAUUAUUUCAAAAACAAGACAAAGAACCCACUAUUGUUACAGUAUUAGCACAAUAUUUAUUUGUAUUCCAUCAUUUCCCCAGACUGGGACUCAAGGCAGCUUACAGAUAAAAUAUAGAUGGCUAAAAAUAUAGACUUUUGUUUUUUGAAAUUUAAUGCCGGCACAAAAAUUUUAAGGAUUUUUAUCCAUUGUUGUUGAAUGAUUGUAUUGCUGCAAUUGGUAUGUUCAGUUAAUUUUUGAUAUGAUAUUUUUAAGAACAGAGUUUUAGUUAGGUCAGUUACUUAUUUUUGCUGUGGUAAAAUCUAGUACUAGGAACAGAAUGGGUUUCAUAAGUACCAAAUCAAAGGUGAAGGGCAAAGAAAGACUGGUAAAAUAAAGAUUUUAGAGGAUCAUAAUUGUUUUCUAGCACCAUCUAUCGAUUCUGUCUUGGAGCUUGUAAAAAUCCUAAGGGUGCUUAAAAUUUAAAUGAUGCUUAAUUUGGUUUCCUUCUCUAGAAAUCCACAGGGCACCACUAACUGGGGAGAAAUGAAUUGCAAUAGUAAUAGCAAUUUGCAGUGUGGAACUAAUAACAGAAAUGGAAGGCAUCUUAAUACAUCUUGUGAAAUAAACAACCGAUCUGCUAAUAUAAGGAUGCUGAAUAUGCCCUCAACUUUAGGUACGUUUCAAAAUAAUAUAUUUUGCAGAGAAUGUAAUGUGUGGCAGUAUUCAAGUCUUCUUAAUUUAUUAAUCACAUGGGGAUUAAUCAAUUUACUCUCUAGAUUUGUGUAUGGGUAAAGAUUAUUUCUGAAGCGGAACACAUACACUGUUUUUAGAAGAUAUGUGUAAGAAUGGAGAGCCACUCACUUAAGGCAGUGCUUUCCAUCUGUAAAUUUUGUAAGUCCUUUAAAAAAAAAAAAGGUUGGGCAUAUUUUAAAAAAAUCGGUUGUCCAGAUUAUAAGUGAUUUCAGUUCCUAGUGUGUUCUUUCAGAUUGCCAUUAUAAUAGAGAAGGUGGUGGUGCUGAUAUUCCACAAGGUGAAGAUGAAGUCGAUGCUGAAGUUGAUCGAGCCAGUGAAGCUUCCCUAUCCAGCCGCAGAACCAGCAUAGCUGAGGAGGCUCCUGCUGAUGCGGAAUUUGAGCAAAAGAUCAACAGGCUUAUAGCAGCAAAACAGAAACUUCGACAACUGCAAAACCUUGUUGCUAUGGUACAGGUCUGUUUUCAUUUAAUAAGUUCCUUGCCACAGUGUGCUAACUUAAAUUAAAGCAAUGGGUAGAAUUAAAAGUAAGGCUAAGGAGCUUGCUCCAUCAGCCCUAGCAUUUCUGCUUGAGUGAUGGAACACUUUCCCCUUCCUUCUCCCCAUGUGCUGUUUUGAGGGGUUCUCCCAACCUGCAAGAGUGGGUUUGGGGGGAUGGGGGAAGCCCCGCUGUGCUAAUGGGAAUCCUUGAGCUGGCUUCUGCCAUCAACUGCGUAGUUUAAUCUGGCCCAAUAUUGUGUGUGAUUGUUCAUUGUUGUUGUUUUUUGUACUGUAAUCCGGCUUCAUCAGUAAAUGAUGAAAUGCUUUUAAGCUGCGGAAACCUGAAAACUUCUUUUUCAGUAUCUGAAGGUAUUAAAUAAAAAUUAUAUUUCCAGCUCUCGAUUACAGAUGGUCUCAAAAGUUGACAUAUUUUUAGUAUCAUGAAAAAGAGGGAACCCAAUAGCAAGCAAUUCUGAAGGUUUAUUUGGGACAUCUUCCAGUCAAAUUAAAGCAUUUUCAGUUGUAUUGAUUUCAGCAGGAAAGUGUUGAAAACAUGCUUAAUCAAUGGGAUUUUGACUCCGGUGCACCUGACAACAAAACUGCUUUGGAUGGCGCAAAAGAGAGAGAGAGAGAGAGAGAGAGACAGGAAAGGUGGAAGGCUCAGUGAGGUCAUAGCUGAAGACACUGUUUCUAUUUUAGGAUGAUGAAGUGGAACCAGAGGCUUCAGGACAGGGUAACAUGGAUCAGUUCUUUGUGGCUGAAGAGGAAAAAGCGCAGCAGCAACCAAACAAUAUUCGAACCAGUGCAAACAAGUCCCAGAAAGGUGUAGUUCUGAAUGAAAAAGCAAGGUACAGUCUCUUUCACUUGCAUUAAAGUUAAUGAUGGGGCAGAUUUACUGACUGAAUUUGAGGGGAUUAUAUAUAAUGUGAGAGUUUUCCCUGCCUGGUCUUCCUGAAAAUGACUUCUGCUGACCAUCAAAGCAGAAACAAGCAAGGAAAUAAGGAAGCGUGCAAACUCCUGGUGUUCGGGUCUCUGAAUCUGUGGUGGUUAUAGUGAGGAUUUGGCACAAUUCUUUACAUGUGGAUAAGUGAAUUUUAACCCAGUGAGCAGGCAGGGUAGCAGGAUAGUGUGCAGUGGAACCUUGGCUUUCAAACGUAAUCCAUUCCGGAAGACUGUUCAGCAUUUGAAAGGGCUGGCUGCAAAGUCAAUGGAAAAAAAUGAAAAACGUGCCUCGGAAGCCAUUCGGCUUCCGAAAAACGUUCGAAAAUGGAAGCAUUCACUUCCAGGUUUUCGGCGUUCGGUUCCAAAUUGUUUGGCUUCCGAUGCAUUCGACAACUGAGGUUCCACUGUACCUCCCAUGAUGGCUGGUUACCCAUACAUCAUUUUUGAAUGAGAUUAAGGAAUUUGGAGUGUGUGGCCCUCCAUCUGUUCUUGGGAGUCCAACCCUCAACAAGGGAUGAUGGGAGUUGGAGUCCGGUAACAUCUGGAGGGCCACAGGUACUCAACUCCUCAGCUAAGGCCUCAUAUACCCUUUCUGAUUUAGGUGGGACUGUCUUGGCCAUAUGUCCUUGCCAUUGGUUUGUGGUAUAUAACACUCAACUUGGGAGUGCUGUGAAACUGGAAGGCCUUGCCCAAUACAGAAUUGUCCAAGAAGAAGAAAAAGACAUUUUAGGGCAGUGCAUGUUCUCCAGAUUAAUCUGUUUUUGCUUUUGACAAAUUAGUUAGGAGUAGGGAAUUGCCCAGUUAGAUGUCUGUAACCACUUCAGUUUUAUUCCUUUGCAGAUAAUGAUAACAUGAGAAUGCUUUAUUGUUGUAGAGAGAAAUUUUAUGAAGCCAAGCUUCAGCAGCAACAGAGAGAAUUGAAACAUCUCCAAGAAGAAAGGAAGAAACUGAUAAAGAUCCAAGAAAAGAUCCAGGUGUUGCAGAAGGCUUGUCCAGAUCUUCAAGUAGGUAGAAUGAUGAUUUAACACGAGAGAGGGAAAUAUAAAAUCCCAAGGGCAACCCUGCUUGGCAUCUCAACUGCAAGAUUAUUAACCCUAGCUUUUAUUCAUUUAAAUGAAGGGUGUGUUAGCCCUUGUGGUUAUAAAUAUGAGUUUUGAGCAUAGGAUUGCCAAUAUACUGAAAGGUCAGAAAUAGUGAGAAAAAGAUGUGUGCCUGAAAGAUGAUGGGUCUGUAAAUAGCUGGAUGAGUAGUUCAAAAGCUUGGAACAUUAGUUUGUAGACAUCAGUCUUGUGUUGGCUUGCAGGCUUGUUGAAAAAUGAAAUUGACUGGAUCACUAGAGCCAGUGAUGCCGCAGAUUUCAUUAACUUGAUAAAGGUUCUUAUUCAAAUACUAAUAAUGUAAUUUUAACACUUUAUUCUUAGUUGUCAUCUGGUGUGGAUAAUUGCCCUGGGAAUACUUCAGCGCCAGCUGCGAAUGAAAUGAGCGCAACCAACAAGAUUGUGGUUCAACCAGAAGAAACAGCCACAAUCGAUACUGAGGUGCUUCAUAUUCUUGUGUAUAAAACUGCAAUAGCAUAUUUUGAAUUGCAUUGCACUGAAAUAUUUUCUCUUAAUACUUUAUUUUAAACAGCUUUGGUCUGAGAUGCGCAGACAUGAGAUUUUGAGAGAAGAAUUGCGACAGAGAAGAAAGCAGCUUGAAGCCUUAAUGGCUGAGCACCAGCGGAGAAGGGACCUAGCAGAUACCACAUCUGCUUGUGCUGGAUCUACUAAAAGUGAUGGAUCAGAGACCCAGUGCACUCCCCAACAAAGCAGAACAGAAAAGUAAGAGAAAAAGUAAAAUACCCUGCUUUCUCAUCUGGUGUAUAUUUAAGUUGUAUUCACUGCAAAGAUAAAUCACUUUUCAAAAUUGUAUUUAGAUGUGUUACUUUUAAAUGUGGCAUAAUUAGCCUAUACUGAAUCUGAGCAUUGCUUUCUGCUAACCAAUUUAAGGAAGGGAAGAAAUCCCCUCUUAUCUCUUCCUCCCCAACCCCAGUAGACUUACACUUGAUCACUGGUAUGAUAAUACUGCUUCCUCACGUCUGUGCACCUUUUCGCCAGCAGCAUGCAAGCUGUUGUACCAAUCUAAAAAAUUGCCCUGUUCUUGAGGAUGUUUAUUUUUGGAACUGAAUUAUAUACUCCUCUCCUCCACUCACACUUUUUAAAAAAAUCCUCUUAAGACUUCAUUCCCACAGUGGAUUUUGAAUCACUGUUAUGACUAGCCAGAUUAAGCAGGUUAAAUAGCCACGCUUGCUACUUUUAGUCUGGGAGACUUGAGCAGGCACUGUCUGGUUAUAAACAAUUUGGCCUUGCCAAAAACAAAUAAAUAUCUAAAUCCUUAUAUUGGAAAUACAUAGCUGUGAAUUUAAAAAUGCAGGAGCAAGUAGGAACAAAAUUUAUAUUCUGAAAGGUGGGGAAUUAAUCUAAAAAUGACAUAAAUCAAAAGUCAUAAAUUUAAUUUGAAUCGUGCAGAAUUCCUAAAAGGCAUAGAGAUAAAUCAAAGCAAAUUGUGUUUCUAGAACAGGAGAUUAAUUUGAGACGUGCAUGUUAGCUAUUUUUAUUCAGCAUGCAACUUAGUUUUUAGUGAUCUAAUUUUACCUUACACUUUAGCAGCAGAAUGACUGUUUUUUAAUACCUGAUGCUAGAACCAUGGCGACAUGGGGAGGGUCUACUCAGUGUGCAUUUGAUGAAGAUGAAGAUGGUGGUGAUGAAGAUGCAUAUCUUUCUGACGGGCUUGGUCAAGUGGAAGAGGAAGAGGAAGAGGAGCAAGAAUCUAGUUCCAAUGAGUACUCUGUGUGUCCCAAUAACACAGAUCAAAGUACAUAUUGUGCAAAGGAAGAUAAGGAGAGGUUAGUUUUGCAUGUUCAUUACCGAUAGUUAAGUUGUAAACUGCUCCCUCCAAGAAAAUGUUUUCCCUUUGCUGCUUAUUAAGCUGUGCAUUAUGAUGCCAGUUCUUUCUUAUAUACUGUGAAGUUUACUCUGAAAGGUUUUAUAUAACCUGAAACUAUGAACGUGUGGAUAUCUAGUGCAGUAUUUUCUGUGAUUUCAUUGGUCAGCCUACAGUUCAUUUGUGCAGUAUUACUGAUGUUUAGCUUCUAAGCCCCAUUCCAAACAUUUUUUGGAAUGGUGAGAGGCUUCAUGUUGUAGAGGAGAGACAUGCCUCUGUUCUGGCACACAGAGCCCUGGCAUUGUGCAUUGUGUUCUAUCUCAAAGCCAGUUAAAAGAAAUUCCUGCUCAUCAAAAGGAGGAUGAAGGGACACUGUACAAAUUAGGUGACUACGUUAUGUUACCUGCAUGAUGUGAAGGGAAAGAAGCAUGUUUGCUCUGGACUAGGCUUGUGUUCCUUCAGAACUGAAUUGCCUGUUUCUCAUUGGCCUCAUAACUGGCUUUUUACUUAAUGAAAUGCUUUGUACCAAGAGCACAAUUUAGAAAUGUGUAAUCCCUUGUCGAAACACUCAUUGUUCUCAGCUGGAAGAAUCCUCGUCCUCUUUCAGCAGAUGGAAACUAUCGUCCUCUGGCUAAAGCAAGGCAGCAACAGAAUAUCAGCAUGCGGCGGCAAGAAAACCAUCGCUGGAUGUCUGAGCUUUCUCAUGUAGAAGAGAAAGAACAAUGGCAAGAGCAGAUUAACCAGCUAAAGAAACAGCUUGAAUUCAGUGUCAAUAUUUGUCAGACUUUAAUGCAGGAUCAACAGGUAGAAUGUGAAAGACUUCUUUAAUUUUCUCUUCUGCAUUUUCCCAUCCAACAGGCUGGAUGUUUCCUACAUUUCUGUCCUUCCUGUCUUGUUGAGGAGGCAGAAUUGAGCCCACCGCUGAAGGGGAUUAUACUUUGGAGAGGGGGAGAUUGCCAUUAAUUUUAAAGGAUUCAUUUUUCAGUAUUUACAUGGUGGUUUCCAGCUUAUCAUUUCUUCUGAAUAUGUGUCAGAACAACUCCAGAUAUAUCAUCCUUUCUUGAUCCUGCUGCUUCUGGCUUCCAGAAUUGAAUAUUUAGACCCAUUGAAGUGAACUUCAAGGUUAUAUUAGGUUCAUUGCAUAGUCGCAAGUUUAUGGAAUGAUCCCCAAAAAGAUGUGUUUUCCUUCUAGAUUUUAGAAAUAAAAUCCUUCUUGUUCUGCAAGACUUUUGGUUAGGGUCUGGGCAGUAGAAUAUUUUAAUGACUAACAUUAGCAUUUUGUUUUAUUGUAUAUCGUUUUAAAGGCAUGAAUGUUUGUUAUUUUAUCCUGGCUCAAGAUUGUGGAAAGAUGGGACAAAGAAACUUAAUGAAAAGUUAAUAUUCUAUACCCACUCACCUCCUUUGGGGAAGGAAGGGCAGGGUAGAAAUCUAAUAAAAAGAAUUAAUUUUAAUGGAUCUAUAUUUUCACAUAUUUUUCUCUGCAGACUCUCUCCUGCCUGUUGCAGACAUUGCUUACUGGCCCUUACAGUGUGUUGCCCAGUAACGUUGCUUCACCACAAGUACACCUUAUAAUGCAUCAGUUAAAUCAGUGCUAUACUCAACUGACUUGGCAACAAAAUAAUGUUCAAAGGUAUUCAUUUCAACUUUAUAGAUGUCUGUUCCAUACAUUUGAGAGAAGACAGGCUGGAAUGAUGCACAAAAAUGGUGUCUUAUAUUUAUUGUAUUUAAGAAAAUUCUUGUCAUAUUAGACUGUUACGUGUGCGCUCCCGCAUUAAAGAGUACUCCAGAAGCUCAGUGCAAGAAACACAAUGUAGUAACAUGUUAUGCAAUAUUUCAAAGAUAAAUUACGUGCUAUUUUUAUGAGCACAAUAGAAAUGAGACUGUAAUGGUCCGUCUUGAUAAUUCUGUGAUCAUGUUAGAGCUCUGUCAUAUUUUAACCUUUGUUGAAAUUGCUUAGGGACUGAAAUUUGGAAACAGAUGCAUUUCUGCUUACUAGUGUUAGCUUCAAAGACUGAUUUGUCCUUGAGUGUUUAUUAGUCUGUGUAUUUGAAAUUCAGAUACCAUUAUUUCACAGAUUGAAGCAAAUGUUAAAUGAUCUAAUGCGCCAGCAAGAGCAACAGCAGACAAGAACAACUACAAAGGAGAAAGACAGCAGGGCUCCACCGCCUCCAUCACCAACUAUGUUUUGUCCCUUUGGUUUUCCUUCCCAAACAAUGAACCUGUUCAGCAUGCCUGGGUUCACAAAUUUCUCCUCUUUCCCACCAGGUAGGCAUUUCCAGAACUGCACAAAAUUACUAGCAGCAGAUCUCCAUGUGUUUUCCUUCUUUGUUCCCAAGAUAAGAGCUUCAAAGCAGCAUUUCUUGCCUUCACGUUGUUUUACCUUGAAAGCAAACCCUCCCAAGUCUCCAUGAAUUUUUCCUCACUAAUUUCAUUGUAGCUCAUUUAUUCACAGCAUGACUUAAAUGUUGUGCUCUCUCUUCAGUCCAUCUUCCUAACAUGCUUUCCUCAAAACUAUGGAGUCUCAGAAGGAAAAAAGUUUUAAAGUCCUUCUUUCACAGUAGGCUAGAUAAGCAAUAACAUACAUGGAUGUAUCAUAAUAAUAUGCAUUUAUUUCAUUGUAUAUUUUAGACGUCAUCUGUAUAUAAUAAAAUUGAGUUCAUUUGAGUUACUCUAUUUCCUAAAUAAUAAUGUGAAGCCAUUACUCUCUGAUAGUUGUAGGUAAAUACAAGGAUUAAAACACCCAAGGAUUAAAUAUAAACCAGUUAUAAUUUGCUAGUCCUCAUCUAGAUAUGGCAACCGUUACCAUAGAUCUUAAACACAUCUAUAAAGUAAUGCUUUUGGUGAAAGGCAAUGUUUAUUUAGAACAAUGAAUACUUUUACUUAAUAUAUACAGUGGUUUUGUUGCCUCUGCCAUAAUAAGUGACUCAAAUCAGGAAUAGUUUUCAGUAAAUAUAGUAUAGAAGUUGUUAAGGUGUCUUCCCUAGUCAGUGCACACCCUUUGUUAUUUUGUUGAAAUCGUUUUUUUAAAAACUUAAAUUAUGGGAAAAGAUUGGAUACAACUUGAUAGCAUUUUUAUGCUCUAUCAUACAUCUUUCUUUGUAUUUUAUAAUAUAAACUUUUGAAUUGUAGAAGGAGUAAUGUUUCUGAUGUGAUUUCUUUUCACAGGUAUAAACUUUGGCCCGAUGUUUCCAUCUGGUUUGGGGGAUUUUCCACACAACUGUACAGCUCAGAACAGUGAACAUCAGCAGCAACCCAUAGAGCCUAACACCACUGGGAAAAUGGACUAUAUGGCAUUUCCAAAACCUUUUGAAAGUAAUUCUACUGGUGGAGUAGAAAAACCAAGGUACUUGAAGCUUAAAUUGAACUUUUGUUUGUGAGCCACACUUUUUAUUCGGGCUCAAAUUAGAACCUGUUCUUAUGAGAGUGAUUUAGUUAUGAAAUUGUAUUUUUUGUUGUGCUGAUCUCUCUGAAAGCACUUUUUCUUUAUAGAUCAGCCUAUCAAAUAUCGUGAUUUUGGAUGAGAUUUUGGGGCAUAAGCAACCAGUUGUCUUUGCUUAGAGAAACAAUCUAUUAUUGAAGCUCUGAUUAGUUGCUGGUUCAAGCUCGUAAAGAUCCAAUAUAUUUCUUGAACCAGUUCAGCUUAUUUCAUUUCCAGAAGGAAAAAUAGAAAUGAUUUGCCUGUAUCCAAAGACCAGAUCAGACUUUCCCAUGCCUACUGAGAAAAUAUUAGUUGGGACACCUUUGGAACAGCAUGGGUUAUAGAUUUCAAAUAAUGGUUGUCUGGAAAUACACUUCUUACCUUGGAAAACUUCUGACUUUGCCUCUUACCCCAUGAUUCUGAUUCCCCUCCCCCCUCUAUUUAAGAGGUCAGUUGCAACCUGAAGAAGAAACAGAGAAUAGAUCAACUAGGUCAAAUGGGCACCAAGAAGGAGGAAAAGAAAAACAUUUGUUCCUCAAGUCUGGAUUUGCAAUACCGGUACAAAACGCAGGAUGUGGUAAUCACAAAAAUCAAACUGGCAUGAGCAGGAGGAGAGAAUUUGAUGAAGAAUCUCUGGAGAGCUUUAGUAGUAUGCCAGAUCCAGUGGAUCCAACCACCGUGACUAAAACCUUUAAACCUCGGAAAGCGUCUGCACAGGCCAGUCUAGCUUCCAAAGACAAAACGCCAAAGUCCAAGAAUAAGAGGAGGAAUGCUUCUCAAUUUAAAAACCGGUCGAGAUCUAAUGGUAGGUUCAUAUGAAACACCCAUAAUUCGGGGUUAUUUAUCUUGCUUUCAAUAAUCUUGGGGCAGGGUGGCUAUGGAAAGGGCAAGCUGUACAAAUUGGAUCUUUGUUAUUUUAAGGUUUUGAAAGUGCCAGUGUUUCCAGUACAUGCGAGCCUUACAAGAGCAACAGAAGCAGGCACUCAACUCGGAAGGAAGAAGUUGUCCAAGCAAAGGUGUUCAGUAAAAAGAAUCGAGAGCAGCUAGAAAAAAUAAUUAAAUACAGUAGAUCAUCAGAAAUGUCCUCAGGUACUUAAAAACAGUUAACAGUUUUUAUUUUAAAGUGUACCAAUUCAGUGGUUACUUGCAUGCUUGAAGAAGAAUUGGGAAUCUUACUGGGAUGGAAAUUUUCAGGUAACCCAAAUAUUACGUUGACAUAAUUGUUACUUGCUAGUUGUUGUUUUUUAAACUACACUAUGUAUACACUAUGCAUGGUCACUAGAAACUAGAUGCCAUUAUAUUUAAAUAUAUUUAGGAUUGCAGACAAAAAUUCCAUGCACGAUCUUCAGCAUACAAUAGUUUCCAUCUACACUAUGUAUAAUGGCAUCUAGUUUCUAGUGACCAUGCACAGAACUGAGCCUUUAAUGUUAAUUUUCCCCUGCAAUAUUUUAAUGGAUUGUACAUCCUGAAAGCCUGCUUCAGAGGGUUGGGUUGACCCUGUAGAAUAGUGUUGGGGGAUAGGGUGGAGGAAUUGCAGAGAGGAGGCGGAAUAGGACAAAAAUGUAUUUUCUCUUCCCCCAAAGCAGGAGCAUCUCAGCUCCUUCAGUGAAUUGAAUGGUCUCUUUGGUUUGUGGAAAAGAGACUCUAGAUUCAGCCCAUUAUAUUAGUCUUUAGUUUUUUUAAAAUAUUUUAAUGAAGCGUUGAUUCCGUUGCUUUCUUCUUAAUAAGAGAGGCUUGGGUAAAAAUAAAUAGCAACAACAGGUCUAAAACUCCUGCUCUCAGUGUUGUUGUUUCUUCACUUUUAAAGGGACACAUUCAGGUAUAUAUUUGAUCACUGCUGAUUGCAGGUAAUAUUUGAAAUCCAGUUUUGGAUAUUAGAGAGCAUAAACAGAAGGCCCACACAUCUCUAUUCAAAUGUUAAACAUAUUUGUUAAGCACAAUUAAUGAUUUGCCUGUGGGCUGAUUUGGAAAUAACACGAAGCCAUAGUUUAGCAUUGCAAGAAUGAGCCUCGCCUCCCACUUCCCUCCCCUAGUCCUGUGCCGCUACCAGGAGGCAUUCAGAAGCUUUCUCUUCUUCAUUUCUGAUUAAGCACAGCUUGCCAUGUAGUCCAAACCCAGACAAGCUGGGUUAAUCUUACGGUUAGUGGAAACAAGCUGUAGUUUAUGAAGGCUGCUUUCCUUUCAGUAAUCCUAGUUCUGGUUAACCACAAUUUAGAGCUCAGAUGACAUGCUAUAAGCUGUCAUUAAUCUAAAGCUGGAGGAGGAGAAUCCAGUCUCUUCCUCAUAGUUGUGCCAGUGGAGGAAGCACAUGAUUGCAUGGGGAGGCUGGCCUGCUCUUGUAGCACUGAACCAUGUUUUAGCAUUGCAACUGAAUGCCUCCAGUGUCCCUUUUUAACAACGUGGUGUGUGCAUAUGGGUUUCUUUUUUUUCUCUGUCUCCCCCUUUUGGGGUUCUUUGAAAUCGUGGGAGACCAAUGUGCUCUUGAGACUUGAAACAAGAAGGGUCAUAUUUUUGAAUGGUCAUAUUUUCAUGUUGUUUUUAUUAGUAAACGAGUUUCAAUUAUGAUCUCAUUGAAGCUGUGUACAGGCAUGUCCCCACGUACACGAGGCAGACGGCAUAUAAGUGUGACGCCCGGAAAUAAAUAAAAAGAAUUAAACUGGAAAAGUGCUAAAAUGUCGCAAAAAGAGUGGGAAAACAGCUAGCAAUCCCAGAAGCCUUUGCACCCAACUGUGAGGCUUGCAGGGAGGCUUAGAUAAAAGUGUUCCCCACUUUCAUGAUUUCACAUAUACAUGUGAUACCCGGGAAAGUAACCCCCGCGUAAGUGGAGAGGCGCCUGUACGUGGACAUAGAGUGAGCGAGAAAUCCAGUGCGCAUACUUGAAAAAUUCUUUUUGGGAUCUUUUCCCCCUUUGGAAUUUUUUUGUGGUAAUAUGCUUUUCUCAAAUCACUCCCCCCCCCAAGAGACAUGGGUUCUCUGAAGAUUUGUUUUGUUUUGUUCAUUUGGAUCACUAAAUAGCCUUUCUCCCAUUAUUUCAUUAGACCUUGCUUUUAUUUCCGAUACACAUUUUUGUGUUUAUCACUGUCUGUCCUUCCCACCCACCCCUUUCCUGCAGCACAUGCUAGGAGAAUACUGCAGCAGUCUAACAGAAAUGCAUGCAUAGAAGCACCAGGUAAUGCACUUGCUGCUUAGCUUCCAAACUUACCUUACCUUGAUUUUCUGGUCUCUUGUCCUAACUAACAAGUAGCUUGCUUAUUGAAUUAGCAAAAGGUGCACUAAUCCAAAUGAUACAUUUUUUAUUUUUUUAUCUACUUGCUUUCCUGAUUAGGUACUUUAUUAUUACUGAGAGUCAUAGCCAACCCUGAACAACCAGUUAAGGCAGAGAUAUUCAGCAUGGUGCCCUCCAAAUGUUUGGGAAUACAGUUGGCAUCAUUUCUGGUCAUGCUAGAAGGGGCUGAUGGGAGUUGGAGGACACCAUAUUGGCUAUCCUGGAAUUAAGGACUUCUGUGUCAGAGGAUACGACUUUCGGGCAAAGUUUUGCCCUGGUAUCUCUUAUGGUUGAAACUAAGCAGAGUGUAUUCCUAAAUCUUAUUUAUUUAUUUAUUUAUUUAUUUAUUUAUUUAUUAAUUAUUUGUAUACCACCCUUCAUCCGAAGAUCCCAGGGUGGUUCACAACAUAAAUACAAAACACAGGAAUACAUAAAGCAAAAACAAGAAUAAAAACAAACCAAUAACCCCCACAUUUAAAAGAACAUAUUAAUCAGCUAAAGGCCUGGUUGAAAAGACACAAUUUUGCCUGGAGCCUAAAGAUAUAUAAUGAAGGCCACCUCUUCCCACCAUCUUAAGAGUAUAGACAGCAGAAGUUAGCUAUCCCUCUUCAGGAAGGGGCUCUCUGCACCACCAGUGGAUCCAGAAGUACCUGUUCAUGUUUUGAGAUAGUUGAGGUACAGUACAUGAAAAUAUUUCUACAAUCUGCUUUUUGAGCUGCUGUUGGACCAUAAAGCAUGGACAGGUAGCAUCACUUGGUUUCUUCUAGGAAAAUGAAAGUAUUGCUAUGUCUACUGUAGACGCUUAAUCUCUCAUGUGAGUAGGUGAGGUCUUGAAAAUCCAGCUGUCUCACCAUUUAUGCUGAGGUGAACAUUUCAAAGGUGUGCCCUGCUGGCAAAUCAGAGCUGGCAGUGCCCAUUGGUCUCAAAUAAGAGAAUUUGCUAGUUGGGAAGAAGUAGAAAAGGGGUGUGAAAUGCCACCUGUCCUUUUAGAUAAAAGACUGAUAUUUAUUUCUCACCCUUAACCCUAAGCAAAAAGAUCUAUAGCUCAGUGGUAGAGCAUGUGCUUUGCAUCUUAAAGGUCCCAGGUUCAAUCCUUGGCGUUCCAGUUAGGGCUGGAAAAUACUGAGCUGGAAGGACUAAUGAUUUGACUUGGUAUAUUCAGCUCCCUAAGUUCUAUAUGUUUACUUUUGCCGAAAAGUAAAUAGUACAUUGUGGUUGCUGAAACUCAAAAUUGGAUUUUACUAUACUUAAAUGUGUUCAACUACUUAAGCAGCAAAUACAAGGGUCAUCUGAUACCAAGUGUAUUUUGGCAUGAGCUACAAUAGCUUCAUUAGGUGCAUGAAGUGGACAGCGAAACAAGAUAGAUUUGUUAGGCCAGAAUCCAAAGAACCUCACAACUAGCUGCAUGAGGUCCAAGAGUUGUUUUGGAUCCCAGCCAUACUUUUAAAGUAUCCUGUGACCAUGAGUGUUACACUAACACAGCUGAUGUUUUGAAAAGUCAUCCUUGACUUACACUUAACUAAUGACCCAACAGCAAGAUGUACUACAUCAACUAUGCUUAGGAUGCAUUUGAAAACAAAAUAGAUCUAAAACCGAACCUCAGUGAACACAUUGUCACCAAAUAUAGCUUUGUAGCAGUGUGACAGUAAUUGUGUGGGGUUUCAAGUGAAUUCAUUGUUGCAAUGCAUUGUAUUAAUUAUUAUGUCAAUUACGUUUUGUUGUAUUUAGUUCCCUUUCGCAGGGCAAACAUUCAGUAGAUACUUGUUUAGCUCUAUAAAAUACAAUAUGCAGCAGUUCAUUUGCACCUGUAAAAGAAGUACACAAUGACAAGGACUGUAACUAUUGUGUGCAGUACUCCCUUGUGCCCAGGGUCUUUUCCGCUGCCUGUUUAUAGCAGCAGCCCCUUCCAAUAACGGGAGGCUCUUUAAAAGCAGUUAAGGCACAAGGAUCUGCUGCUAGAAGAAAAUACCACUCCUUUCAUGAGCAAAACCACUUUCCAUCCACUCAUGGAGGAGUUGCAUCCCAUCCAUAAGGCACGUCCUUCUCAAAACUUGCAUGCUGUAACAGGAGAGAAAUGUCAAUGAAGAAUAAUAAUGGUACUUAAUUCAUUCUUUUUCUUUCUACAGAAACAGGCAGUGAUCUUUCUAUGUUCGAAGCUUUGCGAGACACCAUUUACUCUGAAGUAGCCACUUUGAUAUCUCAAAAUGAAUCUCGCCCUCAUUUUCUGAUUGAGCUUUUUCAUGAGCUCCAGAUGCUCAAUUCAGACUAUUUGAGACAAAGAGCGUUGUAUGCUUUACAGGUACCUUAAUAAAACCAUGAUUUUUGGACUUGCUUUGUUAAGCAAACAUUUUCUUAAUGCAAUCAUUAACGAAACUGUUGCAUUGUAUAGGAUAUAGUGACCAGACAUGCAUCUGAAGAAAAUGCAAAAGGAGAGUGUCCCAAACCACUGAACUCUGCAGGUUGGGCAGGAUCAAAUUCAGAACUUACUCCCAGUGAAAGCCUUGCAACGACUGAUGACGUAAGGGUUUUGAAAACUUUGUCUGGGUAUUUUAAUAUAAAAUCCAACCUUUUUAAAAUGGGUUUUAGAUUUCGGCAUAAAUACAUUUGAUAAUAAAAUAUGUAUGGAUUUGAGCCAUUAGACUUUGAUGUGAAAAUAUUUAUUAUGAUACAACUUCAGAUGGGAAUUGUGCAAAAGUAAGAGAGAAAUGCAGAGGUAAAGCUUGUUUCUUUUAAGCAAUUGUGUAAAGUGAUUAUGUCCCCUAAUUUUUUUUUGUUGACAGUUGGUCUUUCCUGGAGGAGAGGUGAUCUCUGGCCAGUUCAAUGUCUUUCCACAUAGCAUUUUUCAACCUUAUCAUAGUCCUUUUGUAUGAUCUCUUAAUUCUGAGCUCUGUGUACUUUGCUAAGGCUGCAAUCCUAAACAUGCAUUUUAGGGAAUAUGCCACAUUGAACAGUGGGAAUUACUUUCAAGGGAUGUGGCCUGGGCUUGGCCUUUCCCCAGGUGGGCAAGGCAACAACAGAUUAACAGUCUAUCUCUACCUAGCGCAGGCAGGACCAACUGUACCAUACUAGUCAUUAACUUCCAUGACUCCCAUCUUCAGUUUUUCCCCUACCUUGCCCCAUGGACAGUUGAUUUCUUCCAGCUUUUAUCCUUUCUCAUGACUGCUUUUACUCACUUUUUACUCCAUUUAUUUUCCCCUGAGUUUUCCUUUAAAAUAAAAGCAAAUAUUCCUCAGCUUUCUCUUCUUCUCCUUUUGUUUCCUAUUACUCCUCAUUCAACAUAAUUCACAAAAAUGUUAUCUCUGUUGUGUUAAGAACAAGUUGUUGUUCUCAAACUGUCAAGUGGUGGGGUUUUUUAUUUUUUAAAAUGACUGUUCUUUGGAGGUUCAACUAGCUGAAGAUCUUUAUACCGAUCCGCUUUAAGAGGACUUAAGUUAGGUUUGCAGUUGCAUAUUUCAAAUUCACCUUUUUGUCAGUUGAGGGUCGUUUUUUAAGUGUAAACGAUUACUGUCUAAGGAACUACUUAUAGAAAUUGACAACAGGUAACACCUGCAACAUGUUUUCUAGCUUGGAAGGAUGAGCCCUUUAUUUGGGGAACAUAGAAGAAUUUAUCAAUUAACCCCCCCCCCCUUUUUUUCUAAUUAAGCUUUAAACCAUGUACAUGAAUUUUUUAGCCCAAGAAUUAGCCCCUGAUGCAAACACUUCAAGGUGAUCUGAAUUCUUAAUUUAAGAUCCUGGGUGACAAUUUAUGAAAACAUGAGCAUUUGAGAGUGGUUAGUUAUUUAUAGAAGAACAAUUGCCAACUUGUUGUUUCCAUAUUUUGAAGGAGACAUUUGAGAAGAACUUUGAUGAAGGAGCCUGUAGAGAAUGUGAACAACACGAUGCAGACAAUGGCAGCACUAUGUCUACUUCUUCAAAUUUUGAACCCUUUGCUACUGAUGAGCUGGGUAAGUAUAAACCUAGCAGUUGAACAAUAUACAGCAGUAACUCAAGUACCUUGUUAAAUUGCCACAACUGUUUUCUGUGAAUCAGUCCUUCACUGAUGCACUUCUUACACAUAAAAAUAACGAUGCUUUCUUCUUGCAGUUCUUAUAUUUAAUCUACACAUAAUAAUGUUUGAUUUCCAAAAACUUAAAUACAUAUUGUAAAAGGUUUUGUUGCCAAAAUACAGGCAACACUGUGAUUCAUUUAGAUCAGGCACUGGCUCGGAUGAGAGAAUAUGGACGAAAGAAAAUGGCAGUUGAAAGUAACGUUGACUCUGAGGAUGGAUGCUGUAGUAAUCCCCAUAAUGCUUCUGCUUCUAAAUUGGAAGGUACGUUUUUGCAUUUGUUUAUUCAUUUAUCAUAGUUUUGUCCUGCACUUUUUUGAAAGAACAAACACAAUCCUACCAGGCAGUCUCCGUGCAGAGAAAUGGAGCUGCGUCAAGUAGCUUAACACUGUUCGCUGGGCAUAUAAAUGUUUGACAGUGGUUUAUAAGCAUUUUGUGUAGUAUGAUAAUAUGCUCAAGCUCCCUAGAGGCUGGUCCGCCAAGGCUACUGGGGCACAUCCCUUGCGAAGAGAACGUCAAGCAAUUUUUAACACACACACCCUUUCCAAAUCUCAAAGCACACACACUCUUUCUUGUUCCGCAUACAUAUUGCUACUUAAACUCAGAGGAGUUCUGCAAACGUUUCUGCCAGCAGGCCCCUGCAGUACAUCCUAAUCCAAAAGUAUAGCUGUGGCACAGAGGUCCCUAGUGUGUUUCUCUAAACAGAAAAACCAUGUGACUGAUCGGAUCUCCCUUCUAGGCAGCCCUACAUGGGAGGUUCCUAUUCCAAUCUGUUGUUAUUAAAUCUCAGUAUUGGCCUAGUAGGGUUUCCUUGAUGGGCAGUCUCAGCAUCCUUGUUUUCAAUCAGAGGGGUUGCCAACUAGCCAUGGCUCACAGCAGAAAUGAAACAAUAGUCAAGUACCACGUUGAUGCUUGCAGUUGUAUUCGUCCGUAAGCCUUUGUGGAUUAAGAAUGAUGCAUCUGAUGAAGUGAACUUUAUCCCCCAACGAUUAUGCCAUAAAGAUGUAUUAGUCUUUAAGGAGCUGGUGCUUUUUGUUGUUUGGCUCAAAUUGUAGUGUGGUCUGUGGAUUCAUUUUUUCUUAAACAUUGAGGUGUUUUCAUGAUUUCAACCCCCCCCCCCAUUUAAAAUCAGAGACAGGCUGAAGGGAGGCUUAAUUUUUAUUAUAUUUUUAUCCAGUCCACCUUUCCCCCAAGUUGCUCAUGGUGGCUUUCAUAAAGUCUCCUAUUCCUCAUGGUAUCCUUACAUCAACCCUGUGAUGUAGCUUAGUCUGAGAGACAGUAUGUGACCCAAGGUAACACUGAUUUAAACCUUUGUCUCCCAAUUCCUGGUCCACUUAAUAUCCUUCCACUGUAGUUCACAUCCUGGAAUAAAAGAUGUAGAAGUGAAUAAGCUGUGGGAAGGGAAUAAUCUUUUCCCAUAGGUCUGGAAAUUCAUGGCACUUUUAAGACUCUGUGAUUCUGGCUGCAAUCCUGUCCAUCCUUAGCAGGGAGCAGUCCCUGUAGAAUGUCAGUGUUCAGCUUAUUUGGCAUAAAUUUGUAGUCUUUAUAUAAUCAAAGUGCCAGAGUUUGUGACCUGUAUUGAAACAGCAGCUUUAUGAAAAGAACAUUGAUUUGAAUAUAUAUUUUUCUCACUUUAAAGGUUCAGAUACAGCUGAAAGCCAUUGUGCAGCACAGUCUACUGAAGCGCCUGCUGUUCCUUGUCCUCGAAUAGAUACCCAGCAGCUUGACCGGCAAAUCAAAGCUAUUAUGAAAGAGGUUAUCCCAUUUCUGAGGGUAAUCAAAAUUAUAUCAGUAAACAGAGCUCUCUCUGAAGCCAUCUUUACAGAAAGCUAUAGGUUUUUCCUUUUGACUUGAUCGGUAGAAUCAGAGGCCUUUACCUUGUUCUCUUCUCCAACAAUAAAAGUUUUCUUCCAAGGAGUGCAGAGUUUUGAAUAGCUGUAGUCCUGCCUUUGUGCAGAGUUUGGUGAUAGAGCAGUUAAUAUUUUAUUUACAUGCUCUGAACUCUUUAUCAUGCAUGUACUGAUAAGCUGCCUUACGGUCCCUUAGCUGUAAGCAAAUUUCUGCAUUGCUGUUCUGGGAAAUCAGUUGGCAUACUUGCCAUUCAUGUCACUCACCUUUUCUGUGAAGAAAAAUAAGACCUCUCAAAGAAGGAUAUUUGUCUUUGUAUAUGUUUUCAUUAAGAAUGAUCUGCUUUUCAACUCUUGCCAGGAACACAUGGAUGAAGUAUGUUCUUCUCAGCUCUUGACCUCAGUAAGGCGUAUGGUCUUAACCCUUACUCAACAAAACGAUGAAAGCAAAGAAUUUGUGAAGAUCUUUCAUAAGCAACUUCGUAGCAUUUUGCAGGUUCGUAUAUGUGUUUUCCUUUAAUUAACCACCUUUAAGCUUCAUUUCCACAAUCACUAUAAUUAUGAGAAAGCUAUGAUGUGUUUAGUUUGGCUUACCAUUUUGGUGUGAAUAUUCUUCUAUAAUACGGUUUUGCCACUGGGUCAGUUGGCUGCACAGAGCUUGAGCUACAGAUUUUUGAAAAGUAAUAUAAGAGUUGCUGCACCUUAAAUUCUUGAGCAACUCAGUUCUAAAUUCUGGAAAAUACAACCUGUAGCAGAUACCUAACUGAAUAAAUGGCAAGAGUUAAAAUGUAGCAGUUUAUUCCUGGAACAUUUCAAGUAUGUCUUUGCUUUUAAUAUAUGGCAGUUGCGUUUUAAAAACUCUUUUGUGGGGGGUUAUUUUUAUGUUGCUUCAAAUAGGGAACUGACAAAGGAAGCAUCAUGCUAUCUUGCAGCCCCUUGUUUCAGUAAAGCUUAUGCAGGAGAAUUCGUUCAAUAGUACCCCCUUCACUGGAUUUCCAAAAGCUGGCACACUAACACAUUUACAGUAUUACAGAGCCCUAUGUUAAGGGUAAGGUGGGUGAAUCACAUACUGCUGUUAUAACAAGAAAUGUGUGUGUAGCUCAGUUAGAUGUGUAUAGUUAGAAAAUGAUUCCACUGAUUAAUUUUGAAUCUUUUUUUAAAAAAUCAUUUUUAUUAGUUUUCCAAUAAAAACAUCCAAUUAAAAAUAAUAAAAUAAAAUAAAAAACAUCCAAAUUACAAUCCAAAUUAUUAAGUAUUAAUUUUUUCCAGGCUUCCCAUAGUCUGGACCUCUGAAGUAUAUCUCCAAUAUUUUCAUAUCUGCCUUCUUGUUGUUCUCAUAUUUUAAGUCCAAGCUUAAACACCAGGGACUGUGGAAUUCUGCAGAUUUUUUCUCAGUCUUCUUCGGUCCAGACUAUGUCUGUUUGUUGUCCAAAUCUAAUUACAGUGGUACCUCGGGUUACAUACGCUUCAGGUUACAUACGCUUCAAGUUACAGACUCCGCUAACCCAGAAAUAGUACCUUUGCUUCAGGAUGAGAACAGAAAUCGUGCUCCGGCGGCGCAGCAGCUGGAGGAGGCCCCAUUAGCUAAUGUGGUGCUUCAGGUUAAGAACAGUUUCGGGUUAAGAACAGACCUCUGGAACGAAUUAACUACUUAACCUGAGGUACCACUGUAUUUUAUCAAACCGAUAUUUCCAGCUUGUGAGACUGACUUCCGAGAGUGCCAGCCGUGCCGUGCUCUGGGACCCAGCAUCCUGCUGCUUGCACCUUUAUGCCAGCUGACAAUCUUGGACGAUCUGUGGGUCUACGAGACAGUCCUCCCCUACCCUGGGGAGUCUGCCAGGGCUAAUUACCCCCAUAUCAACCCUGAAUUACCGGCACAGCUGAGGUCCGAUCGUGUGGGAGUCAGCCAUUUCUCACUGCCAGAAGCAGGAAGCCUCCUCUGCUCCUCUGAUUGAUUUUGAAUCUUGGCAGUGUAGGAGAAGACUAAGUUAGUUCAAGCGAAUCAGUGUGGCAUGGAUCACCUUCCUCUCCAACAUUGCCAAGUUUCAAAAACAAUCACUGAAACCAUUAUCUAACUAUACAUUUUAUUAUUAUUAUUAUUAUUAUUAUUAUUAUUAAUUAUUAUUAUUAUUUAUUAAAUGUAUAUACCACCCUAUACCCGGAGGUCUCAGGGCAGUUCACAAAACAAGAUUAACAUAGCACUUCCCUCCUUUCCGAUUUCUUGUUAUAAUGUUGGAAUGCGAUUCAGCUCACUUACCCUUAAUAGUGUUGCAAGUCAACUGUCCGUUAGAAAGACAAAGGCCAUAGUUUUGUCUGAGAAGCAGAAGCUAAAAGGAAGCAGGCUAGGGAGAUGAGAAAAGAGUCAUGCUUUAUUUCUGCUGGGAUCCAUGGGAGAAGCAAGACCUCCUGGGGGUGUUACUGCUGUGAGACCCUCCACUGUAGGCUCAGGUUGUAUAUAUGUGUAACUAAACCAUAUAUCAUAAGGACACCACAUUCUCUGCUGUUCCUCAUUCCACCCUGGGUAACCCUGGAAACCGUGGAAUCUAGUACACAUAUAUUGGUGUACAAUAUAUAGUGGUUGUGAGGUUAAAGUUGAAUAACCCUGUAUAUGCCUCCCUGAUUAUUAUUUUUUAGGGGGAUGAUGAGUGACCUGUAAACGUACUAAAAUGUUUUCUUUUUUGGCAGGAUUCACUGGCAAAAUUUGCUGGUAAAAAAUUGAAGGAUUGUGGGGAGGAUCUUCUUGUGGAGAUUUCUGAAGUCUUGUUCAAUGAAUUAGCCUUCUUUAAGCUCAUGCAAGACUUGGACAACAACAGCCUGACAGUAAAGCAAAGAGGCAAAAGGAAAAUGGAAGCAGAUGGAAUGAUGCAGUCCUAUGCUAAAGAGGUUUUUAUCAUAUUUUAAAUUUGAGUGAUUUCCCCCCAGGAAACGGUGCAAUAUAAGAUUUCUUUUUUAAUUUCUAAAUAGGGUCAGCUGUGCUGCUUCCUACCGCAGUAGAAUUUGUUUGAUUUGUACCUAUAGCUACUUAGAGGUGAUGUUUAAAUUGUUGAAAAGUUUAUUGUACGCCAUGCCUUUUUGUAUCAGUACAAAUAUGACUGAGUUUUCCUUAGGAGUUUAUGUAUAGUUGAGUAGUAACUCAGCCUUUAAAUUAGACUGUCACUCGCCAUAUCUUUUAACUGUCGAAAGUACUCUGGAAACUUGCUGCUCAUGGAUAUUGGGGAAGAACAUUUCUUGUUUGAUCCCUUUAUCUUCAAACUUGGUUGUGAUUUAUAAGACUACUUGUGUUGGGCAUAACACAAAGGAACAUUGUCUCUCCUUGGAGCUGGGAAGUGUCUGGUGCCAAGCAGGGUGACUGAGCUUAUUGUUUGAAGGCCUAGCUACCAAAAGCCCUGCAAAUUAUUCACAUCAAAAUGUGAAUUGAACCUCACAUUAGAAGUUAAAAGAAUCGUCAGCGUAACUUUAAUUUGCAUAACUACACAAUAAAUUACCAGGAUUAUAUUUACUUAGUGCAAGUACAAACCCAUAAAGAACUUCAAUUCUCUUCCAUUCUGAUUAAAAACUCAUAUUUAAAUUAUCCACUUUGAUAGAGCUGCACAAUUUUAAUUGUUUGCAAUGUCACAGCAUUGCUAAAACCCAAAUAGGAACAAUCAUAACACUUUAUUUAGAACCUACUGAAAAUCCUGGAUCUGUGAGUUCAGCGAAUCCUUGUGCUUGGACUCAGAAGUUAAAUCAAGCCCAAAAGUGGGGCGUAAGAAAGAGAAAGCCUUUCUUGGUAGACUGCAUAGGAGAAGACCUAUCUGCUGUAUGUUGUAAUCUUUUAUUUGGAAUAGCCUUUGCAGAUUAGGUUAAUUCAUUCCAAGUGCAAAAGCUGGUCGGAUGCAUCUAGCAGAGUUUCCCAAACUUGGGUCUCCAGCUGUUGUUGAACUACAACUUCCAUAAUCCCUAGCUAGCAGGACCAUUGGUCAGGGAUUAUGAGAAUUGUAGUCCAAAAACAAUUGGAGACCUAAGUUCAGGAAGCCCUACAUCGAAGUAUACUGGGACAAAGAAGCAACAGCCACUUUCAUUGCUAGUAACCAAACUGGUUUCCUUAGACUUAAUUUAAUCUCUUUCUUGACUAGCUGGUUGCUUGUUUUGUUUGAUUUUGAACAGAAAAUAAUAAACUUUCCAUUCUUUGCUGUCUAGGCAAAAAGAGCACUGGAAGGAGGAGCUUGUUCAUCCAAUGAAGAUAUAGAUGAAGACAAAGUAAGACGUUCUUUAAAACAAUUGGGAAGGGAAAGGCCUGCCUUCAAAUCUCCUUCUAAAUACAAUAUUAAUCAUUUGUUGAAAAAUCAUUUUUCUAGCCACCUUCAUUUCACUCAAAUAGUGAGAAGCAAGAUCGUUGGAGGAAUUAUUCAGCAAAAAUUAUGCUCCUAACUUUCCGUGAGCAGAAUUCCACUCAAAGGAUAUUCCAGCUGGUGGGAAAGGGGAUGUUUGACUUUUCGCUAAUUCCUUUUUCCCUGUGGUGGUCCCCUCCAAAAAUCUGCUCAAGAACGUUGGGAAACACUAUGGAUGCAUGGAAGCAUGCCACUGGGGACUGCAGAGGGAAAUUAAAUAUCUCCCUCUACCUUUUAAAAGUUGGGAGUGUCCUUUGGAUUGGAUUGAUCCAGCAGAGGGUCUACACUGGUGGAAGGGGUGUAGCUAUAAUUUUUUCUACUCCCCCCUCCCCUGCUGCCCCCCAACACCACCUCUUGUGCUGUAGCAGAAGGUUUGUAGCAGAUUUGUGGGGUCUGGAGGAUGUAGAGUCAGUGGUGAAUUGGCAGCGUUCUGUCAGUCUAACUUACUGUCUAUCACUGAUAGUGUCCCCUAAGGCAUUGGCCCACUCAGUGUAUAAUACACAAUGAACAGAAAAUGACAUUUGGGUCUCUGUUUAUUUUCCUUUUCAAUGGCAUGGAGCAGCAAGAAAAUUGGUUCUAAACAUUAACAGCCCACAUAGUGCCUCCUUGGAAUCUCACAAACAGGGCAUGAGGUUGCUGCACAACCUCUUCCAAAAGAAAACAGUUUAGGUGUUUGAGUUCACAAAACAUCUAUUUGUCCAGGUUUCUUCUCCUUAGUCUUAGUGGUGUUUUUGACUUAUAAAAUUCUGUUGUAGCAUUACUCUGUCCAGUAAACAAUAUGAGAUGUGCACACAUUUAUGUCUACUGUAAAUUAAAUAUGAAAGCUGUAACUUUGACAUUCCAGAUAAGAUUCACUUUUUUUAUGUCUAGGACAAAGAUGAAACUGAAACUAUUAAGCAAGCUCAUGAACCUGCAAUAUUCAACAACAGGGAAGUCCCAAGAAGUACAAGAUCAGAUGCUUCUGACCAGGAAGAAGAAGAGAGUGAAAAUUGUCCAGUAUCCAUAAGUAAGCAGUAUUCAUUGCUUUGAUAAGCAGCUUCACACAACAGUGUUGUAGCUUUAUAUCAGCCAUUACCAACCCAUCACCCUCCAGAUGUUUGGGGAAAACUCCCAUCUGAGCUGCAUGGGACUGAUGAGAGUUGUAAUCCCAAACAUUUGAAAAGUACCAGGUUGGCAAAAUCACCAGAUGUAUGUCUUCCAAUGCAACAUGUCUUCAGAUAAAAAAUUUCCUUAUUGGACUGGCCUAUUCGUGAGUCAAACUGAGACAGUAGCCUCAUGAGGCAGGUAAGGCUGUGUGUUUCUGGAAAAUUGGAUCUCCGCCUCCCAGGGUCCCCUGCUGUCUGGUAUUUCUGCAGGCCAAGGCAUGUAGCAGCUUCACAUGGGCGGCAGCGUCCUGCUGACGCAAGACUUCUGAGCGCUCUGCACUGCCACCGCUUUGCCUUGCUCUAAGAAAGCUGAAGGGGAGUUUUUCCUCCCAGCAGUGCAUUUACAGGAGGUGGCUAGAAGACCAUCUGUGCUGUUUUUGCUCCAAUGCAGCAGAACCCAAAAUAUUAAGUUGCAAAACUCCCAACCCCAAGACAAAGAAGUGGCAUGGUGGUAGUAUAGACAGCCUCUCGGCCACCUCACCCAGAAUGCAUCUCUCUGAAGAAGAAUUUCUCUCCCUUGACCCGUUUUGGAGUGUGUCAGGAAAGAGAGCAGAACAGGAGUUACGCACUGUUGUUGCUGUAGGCAGAGGUGGAUGGGAGAGAGAAAAGAAGGAAGAGGGGCUGUUGCAGGCCAGAAUAAAAGGAUUACAAGGAAUGAUGUCCACAGCAGCCUUUUACUCCUGUAUCUCCCUAUGGAAAGAAAAGCAAGGUGCUCAUCAGUUUUAAAAGCAGCUUGGACUAAAUAGAAAGAGCCUCAGGUGGGUUCCCUUUUCUUUUGUGGUCCUCGAUGGCAUUUGGAUGACUGGCUUGGUUCCUGUGGAUGCUUACGUUAGGAGUAAGCCGCACUGAAUAUAGUAGGAUUUAUUUCAGAGGAAACACGCAUUGGACUGCUGUUAAAUGUCCCAUCUACAGUGCACAACAUGCCUCACAUUCUCAGUUUUUCACAUCUAAAAGUAUUUUCUAUUAUAAUUAUCACAGCAGCCUAAAUCCAACACAGAGCUAAGCUUGCUUAAGUCCAUUGAAAUCAGUAGACUUCAGCAUGACUGAUUUUGUGUUGUUUUAGGUCAGUGUGGUCUCUAACGGUAAGAGGUGCAGAAAAGAUGACCAGAAUCCAAAGACACCCACAGAACUGGUUCUGUGCACUAAAGUUAUUUUGAAACUAGCCAGACCAGGGGUCCCCAAACUAAGGCUCGCAGGCCAGGUAAGGCCUGAAGGACUCGUUUAUCCGGCCCGCAGCAACCCCCGCGCCCACUCUUACCGGUGCUGUGCUGCACGGCUGCCCACUUCUGGGUCGGAGGAGCACUGGAAAUAGCUUGUGCGCAAGCAUUAUUUCCGGUGCACAUCCAGGUCGGAGGAGGCCCGUGCACAUGCGCACAAGCUAUUUCCAGUGCUCCUCCAACCCAGAAGUGCGCCGGAAAUAGCGUAUGGGCAUGCGCCCUCCAGCCUGCCACAUGAUCAGCGCUGAAGACACCGGCCCAAGUUUGGAGCGCAUGGAGCGCUUUUUAUUCAAAAGAGAAAUCCUCCAAAAUAUCACUAGGCAUGCCCACAUACUGCAUUUUGCUAUAUGUUUCAAAACUUAAUUUCACUUAACUUUAGGCUUGUCUAAAGCAGAAACCCAGGCUUUAACUAAUUAUGGAAGUGGGGAAGAUGAAAACGAAGAUGAAGAAAUAGAUGAAUUUGAAGAAGGACCUGUGGAUGUCCAGACUUCCCUCCAAGCAAACAAUGAAACUACAGCUGAAAAUGAACAAGAGCAGGUAUUGUGAUUGACGAAGCACAGUGAAUUUCAAUGAUGUCUUUCUUCAAAAUACCAACUUGUGGGGUGUUUUGUUUUAUAAAGAGCUAAGUUGGGAUUGAUCAGUUUUCCUUACUUUCAGUAUCAUCAUUCUGAUAUCCUCAGUGACCUAUAUUUGCUGAAUAUCAUUUGGAAAACUUGGCUCAUGACAUAGUUGUUAAAAUCCAUUUGAACAGUCUAUUGUACAAUGGAAAGAUUUAUUAACCUGCUUAACUGGAUAAAAAUUCACAAAACUUGUACAUUUGUCUAAAGGUGGGAGACUUGGAGAUCCAAAUCAGCUAAAGAUGGGGAAGAAGGUGGUGGCUUUAUUAAUUAAUCAAAGCCGUAUAUAAAAAAUCAAAAUAGAAUGUGUUGAGGAUGUUAAUGAAUAAAUAUUUCAGUGUUUACUCAGCAGGAUGUAGUGGGAAACAAUUUAAUUUCAAAAAAUUCUAGAUUUAAAAGUGCAAGAAAUGGUAUUCCUAUUGACUGGAUAAUUUAACUUGCCAACACAAGUCAUUGCAGAAAACCCUGGAGCUUUAUGUGCUUAUAAAUAUUUAAACCCUCACACUUUUACCGUCUUGAUCAGCUUAAACAUCAUUUCCUCACAGGUUUUGCAACCCAAACCGGAGAGUCCAAAUGGUUGCCAGAUGUUGCCUACUGAGGACAAAUCUGGAACUGAUAACGGUAAAAUGAUUUUUAAGAGAAACUGAUUUAUCUGCAAUUUUUGAAGAAAGCAAUGUGGGGAAUGAGAACAUUUCAAACUACUGUGGCCGUGUUCAUAACUAUACUAUGUUGUAAGAUCUAUUCCGCCGUUGCCAAGAUAGGAUGAGCCUGAAGUUCACAGGUGAAAUAAUUAAAAGGAAUGCUCUUUCUUAAGCUGACUAAUAAUAUUUCACUCAAGUGCUGUUGCAACAGAUAUAAAACCUGCUUCUGUUCAGAAGUUCUAACUUAAUGAAUAGUUUGUGCUGAUGAAGAUAAAGGAUAACAGACAGCAAAGGUGAUUACAUAUUCUGGGCAGAUGUCUGGAGUCUCAGUGCUUGUAAGAUGUAGCAUUCCUGCCUUGGGAGAAACUUGAGUAAUGUUCACAUGAUCUAAGCUAGGUUCAGCUCCUUUAAAACAACAAGAGGGGUUGAAUCACUAAAUUGGAAGGGGAGGGAGAAGAGAAGAUGCAGUAAAACGUUGUGUGUGUGUUUGCUUUUUAGGUGACCAGGAUUUACCUGCUGCUGUGCCUCAGUAUCUGAAUGUAUUAGAAGAUCAGCAACCUUCAGCUGCAAGAGGUGCCGAAGAUCUUAAUGCCAGUGCUGCAUUAACAUCUGAAGAGCCAGACUCUUCAUUAGCAGUCAAUGAAAGCCAGGCGUUGGACACACUACAUGGGGAAACCAAAUCUUCAUCAGGAACUCCUGAAAGCUCUGUGGUUGGCAGUCCCGAUACAGAGUCUCCCGUAUUAGUGAAUGAAUAUGUAUGUAUUACUCAACAUCAGGUGCCGUUUUGUCAUUUCUUUACAAUAUAAUCUUAUUUAACUUGUGUAACAAAGUGGAUCAGAGAGUGCUCAGUCUUUGGAGCUUCACAAAGGUGUGUUGCUUAGUAGGCAAGACUGGAUAGUUUAAAAGCUGUAAUAGAUUUUACAGAUGCAUUUGUGCAUGGCUCUAAAUUGCUUUGGAAUGCAGUUUUGCCUAAAAAGCAUUGUAAAAGCUGAAACCUUUUCCACCCUGCCAUUUUAUUUUUAGCAUCUGUUCUUGCUGCUCAGAACAUGGAGGCAAGAAGGAGGGUCCACAUAAUCCCCCCCCCAUUCCCAUAGGGAAAUAGAGGUUGGCUCCAUAGUGCCCACCUAAGCCCUUUUGCUCAGACCAUAGCUGUCAACUUUCCCCUUUUCUUGCGAGGAAUCCUAUUCGGAAUAAGGGAAUUUCCUGUUAAAAAAGGGAAACGUUGACAGCUAUGGCUCAGACCAGUUCCUGCACUCAAAAGAGCAGGAUUUCCCACCUUUAAAAAACCAAAAACUAUGACCUUGAUUGGAGUGGUUUUAAAAUUUUCAUGGAAAUCCAAAUUACAAGACAGUUUAAAAUAUUCUGCCAACAGGAAACUGGCUCUGGAAACGUCAGUCAGAAAUCAGAUGAAGAUGACUUUGUAAAAGUUGAAAACUUGCCCCUUAAACUUGCAGUCUACUCAGAGGUACGUUGCUUGAAAUUCAUCUUAUUGAGAGGUGUACAAAACAAAGAUUUUAUUUAAUGUAUCACUCACAGGAAGUGAGCAAUGUACAGUAAUUUUUGAAAAUUAACGCGUUAAUCUGUUUCCAGGAAGAGUUAAUGAAAAAAAUGGUGGCAGAGGCUCAGUCCAACAGUAUCACUGAAGAAAUACUCUCUGGUGCAGAAAGUCAUGGUGAAGAAUUAGUAGGAGAUCCUCAAAUGCUGAAGGAACCUGGUGAGAAUCUUCAGCUUCCUUCCACAUGCUUGUCUAUCCUUGCAUGGCUCAACUCCUUUUAUUUAUCUUAAGCUUGCUAGUCGUAAUUCACUCAAGUGCUGUUGCAUAAAACUUGAUGUGAGUUCAAGUAGUAGGUUCAAGUGGAUUCAAGUAGGCUUGGAAAAGGAGGGAUCAAGAUUCGGCAGUUCACUUUAUGUUCAAACUUGUGACAUUUUGACUAUUAGUUGAGGCAUGGGGAGAUAUUUAUAUCCAUUAUGCUAAUUUAGCUUGCUCUGAUCCUGUAUAGGUGAGAGUUGGACAGCAGCCUCUCUGGUCCCUUUCUUCUGUCCUGCAAUUUUAUUGUGGGGUCCCGAAUGCUACAGGUGCUGCCCCACUAAUUUCAGCAGGCUAAAUGUGGUUAAAUAGAGGUCUUCUCAGAUGAAUGGGAAAGGGUGAGCAGAAGCAUAUUAUAAAGUGCAUCUGGGACACUCACUGAAUUGGUCAUAUAUCUGUGCUGACUAUAGUCUGCAAAGUGCUGAGGGAAGCCCUGACCAAACAUUUAUUUUUAAAAAAUGUAUUAUUUUAUUGUUUCUGAACAAUGAUCAGUGUUUUCUCUUUUUACAGAGACUACAGGAGCCCAAAGUGCAUGAAAAUGACAUCCAGGGCUCUUUCUUGGCCUAUUUCAUCUGCAGUUGCAUCUAGAAAAUUGCUACUAAACUUCAUGUGGUCUAAUCUGUACAAAAAAUGUAAAUUAGUUUUUCACACAUUGCCUUUUAGAAUAGGCAUGCUAACUCCGCCCCCCGCCCCCCAUAAAGUCUAAACAGCUAAAACUGAGUUUUCAGUCUGGCUGCACAGUUCGUUUCUGUCUUGUCUUUUUUAAAAGAAAUUUUAUUGUGAUUUUAGCAAUUUUAAAAUGUAGUUUUAAAUAAAGUUUGACUUGUACGUAGGUGUGGAUAUGACGCUCUGUGAACAGACAGGUGUUAAAAGAUUUAAGGAGAUAAGCGGUAUUGAAUCAUUUCUUUUACUUCAUUGCUGCAGUUUAUUAAGUGUAAAACUUCCUUUUUUCCACAUGACCAAAGUAGUGGGUUGGAUGCAGAAGUGUCAUCCUGCAUACAGAAAUGAUCUUCCAGUCAUGGAAUAACUCUUGAGUUAGAGCAGGGGCCAGGAAUCUUCAAUCCCAAUUCAAUUCAGUGUGCCAGUUUAAACUUUUCUGUCCAUGCCAAAUCCAUGAUGGGGAUGAAAAUUACACACACCCUCACCUAUCAG